AUGGAGGUGGUGGACGAGAAGGAGGCUCUGCGGCGCUUCUUCGAAGGUAGGUGAGCGCCAAGGCGGCGCACGCGGCGCGACGGGACGCCGAGCUCGACGCCCGGGCUGUUCCUCGUUCCCCCUCGAGCGGCGUUGUUUAUUCGGAGGUCCGCCGCGAGAGCUGCCCCGACGGCGCCGCGUGCCCGCCGGCGGCCCCCGUCAGCGCGACGCGCGUCGGGCGGCAAAGUUUUGUGAGCGAAAGGGUGCGGGGACUUCUCUGAACUGCAGGAAGUUUUGACGAAGGGCAUCUGUUUUAAAAAGGGUUUCAAAAGUUGUGACGCCGCAAACUUCCCUCCAAAGACCGAGGGCUUCCCGUCGUGGCUCUCCGAAUGAGGGAUCCGGGUACCGAUUCUGCCCCCAGGCCAAAGAGUUGUUGCCCUAAAGUUAUUUUCUCUUUCUCAAAACACACGUAUAAAGUUCACUUUUCUCUCUCACUCAGAAAGGUACUUUCCAGACUUAUUCAAAACUGAGAGUAAGAAUCCUGUGGUGGUCAUUGUCAGUAAUAAAAAGAUAGAUGGAUGGAGUAAGAAGACUCCAUGAAGGAAACUAUAUCACACGUUGCAAGAACCUUUUAGAGCUGAUCUUGUAAACGCUCCUGUUUGCUGGUGUGCAGGUGUCCUGGGAGCCAUACAGAAAUGGGUUGAGGAAGAUGUGAAUUGGACACAUAUUGAAGCUUUCACAAAAGCAGUUCACAACAAAAGGGGGGGGGGGGAGAUCGUUGCCAAAUUGUGUGAUAAAUUCCAGAGAGGCACAUGUGUCAUAAGUAGUUGUGUGAAUUGUCCUCAGUCUCUGCCUCUCAGACAAAGAGGUCUUCCAGACAUAAGCCAAUGAGAUGCCCAACUUCUUCUAGUUCAAGGCCUUGUUCAUUGCUCUGCCUUCAUUACCUUUCCCCAAGGGCGUAGCCAUGUUAGUUUCUUGUAGCAAAAGCAAUCCCAGAGUCAUACUGUACCUUAUUAUUCACCCUCCCACCAUGUAUUCCUAACAUCCCGUAUUGUGUCUUUGUCAUGAAUUUUAAUUGUUAGCAGCUGUUUGGAGUACCAGUCUUAGCAGAAGAGCAGUUUAUAAAAAUAAAUAAAUGUCAGCCACCAGUACAAAGCAGGGCACUGGUGCCAUUUCCUGUAGCACACUGCCAACUGCCACAGGUGAAAUAUCAGCAUGAACCUAUUCUCCAUUGUGUACAUGGGAGUACAUGCAUCAGACAUAUUUGUCUCCACUUUUUAUUUGUCUCCACUUGAAAGGUGUAUUCCAUAUAUAUAUAUAUAUAUAUAUAUAUAUAUAUAUAUAUAUAUGAUAUGUGAGGGCCAAACUGCAUGUUACAUGAGAGGGGGUCAUGUGUUUAGAUCGUCUGGGUUUCCCCCCAUUUUUAUAAUGGACCUGGGAGCUUCUAAAUUGAUUGGAUUUGUGAUCUCUGAUUAGAAAAUGGGAUGUUUGACCCUUUCCAUGUUAUGGUUUCCCAAAAUAAGUCCCACCCAACCCACCCUCCCUCCCUGAAGCUGCUAUUAGUCCCCACAGGAGAAAAGUGUGUUAUUGUUGUUGCUGCUCUGAAAAGCCAACAGCAGCCUGGAGAGUCAUGGCUUUCAUUAACCAUUUAGUAAAAUGUUACAGUCUUGAACUUGAGCAUUGGUUUUUUAGAAGUGAGCAUAAUGCCUGUUGCCUUUGGGAAUCCUUUCUCAGUUUUUCUCUCUCCUCUUCGUGUAUCCCCAACAUCAUUUCCCUUAUUUCUACAUUUGGGUUCUGUGUUUCCUAUUUUCAGUCCUGUAUCCUUCUCUUUUCUAUAGUUUCCCCAAUCCUGUGAUUUUUCUUGCUUUUCUUCCUCUAUAACCUUUCCAUACACCUUUUUAUUUGUGGUUCCAGAGUAACUGGCAAAACUGCCUUAUUUUUUACUAAUGAUGUUCCCUUUGCACAUCCCCAGAUGUGCUGAAAUUCGGCACCUUUACCUAUUGCACAUAGGGAUAUUAUCCUACACAAUUAAUUAUUAAGACAUGCCCAGUACACUUCUGUUGUUGACAGGCUGAAUGGCAGUAUAAUCUUCCACGGACUUAAGGGUCAGUUUAAUACAUUGAUCAAGCCUGGGAUUUGACAUCACUUUGCACUCUUCCUUGUUUCCGAGAGUUAAGCACACUAAUGAUGUUGCCAACGUCCUCACAUGCUGUGAUAUGGCAGAUUAACCUGAAUUCAGGUUUAUGUAGAAGUGGUAGAGUACAGUAACAAAGCUGUCUGUGGAAGCAUGUAGAGCAGACCUUACGGGUCCACAAACCAAACCCUAAACAUGUGCUUAAGUCAUAGCUGCCCUUCACCAGAUGACCUGUGUGUAAUUGUAAACUGACGUAGCCUAGUGGCUAAGAGUGCAAUCUAAUAAAGCCCCUAGUUCAAAUCUCCAUUUUGCCCACAGACUCACUGGGUGGCCUUAGCCAUGCCUUUUAUUCUCUCAUCCACAGCCUCCCGUCUUCACAUAGGGAUGAUAAUACUGGCUUGCUGUAUAGGUCUCUUGUAAACAUUGCUUAAGAUAAAGUGUUCUGUGACUUUCUCUCGACCCUUGCAGUUUCGUGCAGUAUAUAAAUACAAUUAUAUAACAAAGAUUCAGCCUCAAAUGAAAAAGAAAUUUCACAUUUAUGAACAAUUUUUGCAACAAUUCUUAUUUUGAGUCCCAUCCUUAAGCUUGUGUGGUUUGGAAGGACUUGAGGCUGAAACAAAACCCCAUCAGUGAAGAUGGCUUAAUACCAGUAAUUAAAAAUGAACGUAGUCUGUAUCCUCUUCCAUCUUCUGUUUCCCACCAUGAAGCCUCCUUUUGCCUGAAAUGCUUUAACAUGUGAGUAGUGAAGAGUUGUCGAAUUGAUCUUUAUUAAAUGACAGACUGACAUGCAACAGACUAACAAGGCUAACCCUCUGGAAUUUAUUAAAAGGGACUGUUUUUAUGUCCAUUUAGCUAGAUUGGCAGUAUGUAACUGUGUUUUUAGUUUGUCUAAUGCUUAGGCACACUUCAUAGUAUCGGCUCUUCCUGACUCUUGUUUUUGUGCCUAUUCAGCCUAGCAGUAAUAGUGCCUAAUUUUGAAAGGGGCUACAACAGGGGUCAGCAACCUUUUUCAGCCGUGGGCCGGUCCACUGUCCCUCAGACCAUGUGGUGGGCUGGACUAUAUUUUUUUUGGGGGGGGGGAAUGAAUUCCUAGGCACCACAAAUAACCCAGAGAUUCAUUUUAAAUAAAAGGACACAUUCUACUCAUGUAAAAACACGCUGAUUCCUGGACCGUCCGCAGGCCGGAUUGAGAAGGCAAUUGGGCCUUCGGUUGCCUACCCCUGGGCUACAGCUUUGUGCCAGGGAGACAUUUGGCAGAUAUUGCUUGCCCAACAAAGAAAACGGGGUGGGUUGUGUGGAAAUCCUUAAAGUAGUAUUUUAUGGGGAACUUUAUCAGGUGAAGCUUUUUGCAUGAAAUGCAAAUGUUUCUGAACAUUCAGACUCAAAUUUUGGCAGCCUUGCCUCAGCCGAACUGUCUUACAGUGCAAUCCUCUACCUGCCUACUCUGAAGUAAGUCUCAUUGAGUUCCAUAGGACUUACUCCCAGGUGACUGGGUAUAGGAUUGGAGAUUUCAUGUUUUGAUUAGUUCCUUUUAUCCACUUGUUUUCAGAGACUGUGACUGUCAGUUACAUCUUCCUGAUUCUACUUUCUAGGGAAAUGAAAUUUGACAAAAGCUACUCUACUAUAUUUCUCCUCCAGUCUUGCUGAUGAUUGAGCUUUUGACAAGUAGGGCACUUUUUAGUCCCUGCAAGUUGUGUAAUUUCCCUUUUUGAGUGUGUAAAUUUCAUAAAGGUUUGGAGGGUGGUUUUUUUAUUUCUUUAUUUCCUAUGCAUUGUAUUUACAUUUGAUUUGAACAGAGUCUGUAGCUAUACGAUAGGUGAAGAUGUGAAGGAAAUGCUUACCAAAAAAGGAACAUUAUGUAGUCUAGGUAGGGAGCUCCUGAUAUGGAUUGUUUGCCUUCUAUGCCUGCCUGUCUUGCUCUAAUCUUCUCAGGUGGUUGAUUUUCCAAAAUCUUGAUAUCUUGAGUUAGUUCAGAAUCCCUGAGAGAUGGUAUCUAUAACAUGCAUUCAGACAAAUGUAUACUCCUUGUAGCUUGUGAGUUUGCUCACAAAUGAUGUUUGAAUUGGGUUUUGCUUUUCCCUUAUCUGUAUUGCGAAUAUAAAGAUUACAUUGGCUAGAAUGUACACUUGAUUUAGAAAUGGCUUCUCUUGCAUUUGACCUCACAUGAACAACAUUCACAAAAAGCUUUUUUGGUAUGAUUUUUGAAUCCAUUUUGAGUUGAUCUGCAAGACAAAGUGCCGUUAAUGAUAUAUAUUUGAUGCCUAAAAUGCAACUUUAAAAUAUCUCUAAAAGAUGGGGAGCUUAUAUUGAUUUGAUUUAAGAAUAGCCCCGUGAGGUCAGACAAAAAAAUGGUCAGUCUAUGUCAGCCCAGCAGUUAAUUCCCCCACCUCUCCUACUAAAGUUAGCCAAGUCGAGAUAGUUAAGAAAGAUUUAACAGGUAUAGCAAGCAUGCUCAUAAUCAGCUCUUCGGGCUUACAUCUUCCCGUUGCCCAUCACAGAAAGAUUGUAAGCAGCCUUGGGGGUUUCACACACUCGCUUUCACUCUCUCAUGCACUUCCUCAAUGUGGGUAGAGGUAAACACUCAAGCUGGAAGAUUUUAUGGCAGGGGAAGCUAAUAUGGUGUCCUUCAGAUGUUGACAAAUGCCGGGUCCCUUGGCCUGAAAGCGAGAUAAGUGCUGCAACCCCAUAGUUGUCUUUGACUGGGCUUAACUAUCUAGGGUGGGGUGGGGUUGGACUCACAACUCCAUCAGUGCCAGUCAGCGUGGUCCAUGGUCAGGGACAAUGGGACUUGUAGUCAGAAAUGUCUGGAGGCAAUGCCCCCCCUUUUCCUACUAAAUCAGGCUUCUUGGAUACUCACAGGAGAUCUGACCAUUUCAAUGAAUAUUAAGUGGGUACAUGCCUAAUAGCACAAUUCCCACCCUGUGCUUGAAAUCUGGAAUUGAGUUACUGGUACAAAGUGCUGAGACUUGGGAGUGGGGGGAUGGGACAGAUCACUUAAACAAACAUGGAGGUUGAUCAUCUUUACAUUAGCAAGCAAGGCAAACAAAGGUAAGUUUAUAUGACUGUUUUCUCAAUAAUUUAAAUAAGUUCAGCCCAGAGAGAGCUCUGUCUUCCUCCUCCUCCUCCUCCUCCUCCUCCUCCUCCUCCAUGAGACUGCAUACUGACAAUGCAGGUGAGCCGAACCCUCUCUGCCCACCCCAGCUAUUCAACUUCUGUGGAGUUCAGCUUUUAAACACCAGCAGCAAAUGGAGGCCUUUGCGUUCUUUCAAGUAAGGCUCCCCUCCGAGAUUGUGAAUUGCUUGGAAGGUAGCUUUUUUGUGUGUGUAUAACAUCCAUUUAUACAAAAUUUAUUUAUUUAUUUUUUAAAUCAAAAAUAUAUUUUGAAAACAGAGGUAGCCAAUGAGGCGACCUCCAGAUGUUGUGGUCUGCAAACCCUGUCCCCGCUGGCCAUAGGCCCCUCCAUCUGAGGCUGCUGGAGUCCAGCAACAUCCUGAGAGCACCGUGUUGACUACCCCUGGCCUUAAGGACAUUAGAGACCUGCUGGAUUAGACCAAUGGCACAUCUAAUUCAACAAACCCUGUCCAACAGCAGCCAAUCAGAAAUGUCCAGGAAAAACCUACAUGCAUCCUGUGAAGGCUGUUGCCUUCCCAGUUGUUUGUCCUCUAGGAAUUGUUACAAAGUGAUAUACCACAUCAGAACAUAGAGGCCCCAUUUAACCACUGUGGCUGAUAGCCAUUGAUUUGGAAGAUCCCUUCACUUCUUUAACACACAAUAUAAAACACAACAUUAAUACAUUAAUCAAAAAUAAAACAGCAUAAAAUGAGACGAGGCAGGUAAAAAACAGCACUUAGAAACACAGCAAGUACAAGGAAAAAAAAGAAGUAAUUCCAGACUCAGAAAGGUAUUAGUUUCAGCACAAGGUGAGCUUCCCUUGAGAGGUGUUUCAAAAUUGUGAUUCUCUAAUUGAAAAUACUGUCUUAUAUGCCCCUGCUUGUCUAAACUCUUCAUGUUCCCUCACGCUUGGAGUAGUUUCUUACCACAUAAGCUUGCCUGGCUAGUAGGCAGUCCUUGGGGUAGUCUGUUUCCGAGUAGUUAAGGGAGUUAAAAAUUAAGAUCAGCACCAGGACUUGGGUUUGAAAAUGGGAAGUGAGUCAGUGUGUUUGUUUUAAAACUGGAAAAAUGUGUUCCAUACUACUUGUAUCAGUUAGCAAUUAACUGUGUAGUUUUUGAACAGUCUGCAAGGGCAGUCCCAUGUACAGUGCAUUGUGGUAAUCCAGCUGAGAUGUUACCUGAAUGUGAAGAACUUUGCCCAAUCUAUCUUUAUCUAGGAGAGAGCAUAGCUGGCAUGCCAAUUAUAACUUCAUGCCAUCAAGGCUCCUUGGUUCUAUAAGGGUAGAACCAAAUCUAUAGCACUUUGACUAUGAACCUGGUCCUCAAGGCUGAGAGGAAUAAAAUCUUAUCCAGUUUUGGUCAGCCAUCACCUACUGGCACAGGUAGAAAGAAGGCUCACCAACAACAUCUCUUUAUUGAGCUUCAGUUUAUUGGUCCUUUUUCUAGUCUGUUACUGAUUCCAGACAUCAGUUUAACACUGUCGUUUUAUCCUCUAUGAACAUAACUACGUACCAAAUUAAUCUAAGCUUGUUGCUGUUGCUACAUUCUGUGACAAUUUCAUAAAUGAACUGUGCGUAGUGUGAGAUACUGACAAUUAGAUAUAAGAUGUGUGAUUUUAUGCUGCAAAUAGUGUUUUAAGGCACAUUCUGAAAUCAGUAAUGUCCACUCCCAUGAGAGAAUUUACUCUCCCUGCUGGAUGGAGCACCUCCUGAUGCCUUUCUGAGAAUUGGGGUUGUUUGUUUGUUUGUUUAGACAGGGGCAGUGUUCAAAAUUCUUAUUUAUUGUAAGCGUCAAGGUUUUGGAGAUUCUAGCAUUACAACGGAGAGCUUCCUCUCUAAUUAUCAGGAUGUGGUCUGAAGGCACCUGAGGCUGAAGCCAAGAAGGUCUAUGUCUGGUCAGUGUCUGGAUGGAUAACUGGCCUGGUGACCACAUAUGCACUGUCUUGGGCUUCAUGAUAGAAAGAAGGUGGUAUAUAAGAAAAUAAGACUAUUACGGACUCAUGAAUGGUCUGUUCUUUUGUGAGUAGGGUUAUAGAUUUGGGCAUCACUACUUCUGGUUGCAGGGAUGCGGGUGGUGCUGUGGUCCAAACCACAGAGCCCUAGGGCUUGCCGAUCGGAAGGUCGGCAGUUUGAAUACCCGCGACAGGGUGAGCUCCCAUUGCUUGAUCCCAGGUCCUGCCCACCUAGCAGUUUGAAAGCACAUCAAAGUGCAAGUAGAUAAAUAGGUACGGCUUCGGCGGGAAGGUAAACGGCAUUUCUGUGCACUGCUCUGGUUCUCCAGAAGCGUCUUAGUCAUGCUGGCCACAUGACCCGGAAGCUGUCUGCGGACAAACACUGGCUCCCUUGGCCUAUAGAGCGAGAUGAGCACGCAACCCCAGAGUCGUCCGCAACUGGAUCUAAUGGUCAGGGGUACCUUUACCUUUACCUUUACCUUUACCUUUACUUCUGGUUGCAGAGCAGUACAACCCACAUACUGUGUGGCGAGGAAAUAGUUAUUUCAAACUGGCUGUGUUUUAGUAUUUUUGCUUGUGAUGGUCUUUUCUAAAUUCUUUUUAUUGUUUUAGAGAACCACCUCAGAAAUAAUUAAAGAUAUUUAAUUGGCUCCCUAGAAAUGGAAUUUUCACCACAUCUAACCCUACAGUAAGCAGUUCAAUUCAUUUUAUGCCAUUUCAGAAUUAAGUUUCUUUCCAAUAUCUAUAUGUAUAUUAGCACAGGUGAAAUUUAUGUAUCUUUGAAGGCUGAUGGUCCUGUGGGCAGAGAAGGAUUGAGUGUAAGGAGGAGAGAUAGAGGGAUAUAGGUGUCUAGUAGCUCACCGAAGAAGGCUUUGGAAAGAUCUCUGAAUUACAGCUGGAAAAAGCUCUGAUUCUUACCUGCUUGUGUGGGUUGCUUGGGUAACUUGCUAUUGGGAUAGAUAUUUUUUACCUUUAGACUGGGGUUGAGGGUGUGACCUCUAGUUCUAUGAAUGUUCAUCUCUUUAGAUCAAUAAUCUCCCGUCUUUUCGGCCCAGGACUCUCCUUUAAAUCCAUCCUGCAACAUGAAGCCAACUGUUAAUGUCUGUUUCUCCUCCUGGUCUUCCUCAGGGGUAUCCGAUUCUGAGGAAGAUGGUGUUCCUGUAUCUUUAACUGGAAUUCCUUCAAGAAGGAAUUUUGGAAAAUGGAGCCUGUGAUGCAGGGGUAUAAAAAAUGUACCUGCUGAAAUAUCCUCUGUUAAACAGCAUUUAAAAGUGCAAUUGUUGUCGUCACCCGCCUGUUCCGAGAGACAAUGGAGUGUGCCCCUGAAGGUGAAGUCAAACUGCUGUGUUAGCAGCACUGAAGUAACCUCCCCAAGGCACAAGCCUUGUAUGUGUAUGGGGGUCCUGGACUGCCUAGUCGACAAGACCUGCCCCCCCCCCCGCCUCUCUGAUGUAGUCCAAAGGAAAGCAGAGCAAUAUUUUUGGUGCCAGCUUGGCUGCAGGAGUUGCAGAAAGGAAGCAUACAAGACGCCAUCCAACUGCCUUAGGAACUCCACUCUGGAUUUGUGUAGGAGUUACUCCUUAGCCUUUUCUUUUCCUGAAGAUAUCCUGCAAGGCAGUGUAGAUUUAGGAUCAGAGUUUUCCUUCUCCUAGAUGGCCUACCUUCCCAGGUUGAUGAGCCCCAUCUGCCCUUCACUUCCCUCUACAGCACAUGCAGAAACUGUCUUCUUGACCAUUGGACCUUCUAUUGGUUUCAUCCUCUCAAUCCGCUGCAGCCUGUCUUUGCAUGUAGGGACCCUAAAGAAAAUAGUGGUGGAGGGUCAGGUGCAUGACACAACACCAAUACCCCAGAUCAGGGAUGAGUAACCUGUUAUUGGAUUCCAGCUCCCAUCAUGCUGGGCUGAGGCUGAUGAGAGUUGAAGUCAAGCAAUAUUUGGAGGGCCACAAGCCCUGCAUCCCUUCUCUAGAUAGUGUUGAUACACAACGUGGCCCAGCACAGAAUCCUUCAUUGUCUUGUUCACUCAUUGCCAGAGAAUAAGGGCUUGCUGUUCCAAGUACAAAUAGCAAGAGGCAAGAAAAAGAUGAAGAUGAGAGUAAUUUCAGUGUUGGGGCAAAAUGGAAGUGAACAAAUUACCAGAGGAGUAGAGUUAAAUGUAUUGAUGUCACACCGACAUACAUGGAAUGGCUUCCCUACAUUCUUCUGUUUUCUAGAUAGAGAGUAUAGAUCAAGAUAUUUCUGAGAUCUAGUAUCUGUUUUGUUCUGAACGGUGAAAUUGCAUUGAGAGGGAGACUGAAAACAGUGUUGGCCAUAGCAUCUUAACUCAGUAUUCUGGUUUCGGAUUAGCUAAACUUUGGGGAGUAUUUACUGGCAUAUUGCCUAAGUUUAGAUGAGGUCGGUGGGGGGAGUCACAAGAGAAGGAAUGUGUGCAGAGGUUAAAAGUGGUGGGUUUGAGGCUUUUUCACAAGGAAGGUAAAGCACUUAAUUUCGGUCUGUCCGUGCUGUUCAGGGAGUGUUUACAUAGAGCGUUUGUAUUUUAUAUCAAAGAGAAGGUGGAGAGUAUUUGGGGGUGGCGGGGGGAGAGAGAGAGAGAGAGAGAGAGAGAGAGAGAGAAGCACUGCCUGACCCUUGGCUGGCAUUCUCUGAAAACCCUACCUUCCUCUCCGCCUAACACUCACGUAAAGGAAACAGUUACAGCAGAGCUUAGCUAUUCGGGAUCCCUCUCACUCUCUUGGCUAAUUUAUGAGAUAAGAGGUUGUUAAAGAAUGUGUAUCAGGAAAGAUGUGCAGAGUAGCUUAAAAAGAAGAACAAACGGGUGUAUGGGGGGAUGGAGUUGGAUGAGUAGCUUGGCAACUCUCUGAAAGCUUUAAUAGGGUAGGGAGAGAGGGGCGCUGGAGACGAGGUAGAAUGAGAAAUUCCAAAGUUUGUAAAACUAAAGGGUUUCUGCAGCGCUGUUGCAGCCAGGAGUCAAAUGUACUGGCUAAAUACAAAGGAGUCAUGUCUCUGUUCAGCUGGUGGAAAUGAAACCCAUUUCCUUCAAUCAAUGGCAUGGGAAAAAUAGUACUUUAUAUCAGUCAAGAAUCUUGGCACUUCAAAGCCAUUUGCCAAGUGUAAAAGUCGCUAAAGCACCUGCGUUCAUGCACACCGUCAUUCCUGCUCAGGUAGUUUCCUGUAACUUUGCUGUUGACAUUGCUAGUUUCUUCUCUGUGGGGCCUGGAAGUGUCUGAGAAGGGCGUAUGUUACAACAGAAGUGUGUUAUCGGUGUGUGAAGGAGAGUGUUUGUAUUGGUGAAUGUUUUAAGGCAUUGUGUGAGUUUAUUUGCAGAGUCAUUUGGGUAUUUUAAGGAUAGUUAUAUUGUGAUCUUUUUACUGUAGGGAUUGUGUCUGGCGAUCUUAACUUCUACACUGCUCUGAGUCCUAAACUCAGAACUGCAGUCCUAAACCUGUUUGCAUACAUCGCAGUGAGGUCAAUAGAUUUGGAAGUGUGUGCUUUUAAAGCAGAGGGAGCUGGCUCCCAUGUUGGGGACCUGACCUGGUUUCACAAACAAACUAUUUUGCUCCCACAAGACCCAACCUGUUUUGGCAGUGGCAACAGAAAGAGAAAAUAAGUUGGGAUGGGAAAAGCCCUGCACCAUGAUGGAAUGCAAAUAGCCCUGUCCCUGGUCAUUGGCCUGAUCAUUUGAGCAGAGAGCGAGUGAUAAUCCCCCAUCCCCUAAUCUGCUUGGAUCAGCUGAGGAGGGGGGCUGUUUGGCUGUAGGGUAGCCACACCAACUUUUCUUGAUGCUCCCUGUUCACAUGCAGUCCCUGAAGGCUUGGCCCUUGACCUGCAGCCCUUGAACAAGCCAUCCCUGUUUUAAAGAGCCACUGGUCUUCUGCUGCAUCACAGAAACCACAGGGGCCAGCCCAACUUCCCACAGAGCAAGACAAAUGCUUCCUGAAUCUCAUUCUUCCAUCCAGAUCAAAUGUGAUGUUGGAACAGAUACUACAGAAAGCUCCAGUGCUGGAAGCCUGUUUGCCCACAUGGUGCACUGUUGUCAUUGCCCGUGACCACAGCUGACUUGGAGUCAUAAAGCCAGCGUGAUCCUGACAACUCUGAAGUACCCUUUGUUAGCAGCAAAGGACUAAGUUAUCCCCGCCUGAAACCAGGAUGUUAAGAGAUCACACCACACAUACCCCAUGAUCACCACUAAUUGUGUUUUGAGGGUGGGCUGUUGUGAAUCUACCCUUCUCUCCUUGGCAGCAUCACUUUGAUGAAUCAAAUGUACGGCCUAUCAUAUCCGCAAGCAUGUGAAAACCUUGGCAGGACAUGCUGCUCAAAGAUGGCACAGAGCAGCCAAUUCUUGUUUAGUAUAUGGCAGGUUUCUUUUUGGCCUGGUUCCUCCCCCAGUCUUUAUCAAGACUAGUUAAUUCUUCACUUACCCAGGAGGAAUGUUUCCUUUAGGAACAGAGAGUUUAACAACUUCAUUCUGUAGUGCACUGAUGACGGCAAAUCCCUCCUCCUUUUGACCCCUGGAAUUUAGACAUUGUUUUUUCUUGGGCUUGUGACUUGUUCACCACACAUGAGGUUUUCUUGGUGUGGUCCUGAGACUGCAAGCCAAGGCAGGAUACUGACUGGGCUUCCUGGUGUCGUGCUCUUCCCUUGGUACGGAGAAGUGAGCCUCUAAAUGGAUCCAAAACCCAUCACUGACCACAGCAGAAGUGCCUUGGAUAUCUGGAAGGGAGGAGAGGCAGUGAGUGUUGCAUAGGAUUCUGCUUAACUUCAUUGGCGUACCCCCAAGAAAGCAUGCAAUGCUGCAGAAUCUCAUUUGGGUUUUAGGCCUCUGCCUUUACCUGUGGCGAGGCUGAGGAUGGCCUCCUGUUUCCAGGACUGGCUGGUGCUGUGUCAGGAAAUUAAGAGGCUUUCUCCAAAGUACUUUGCUUAGUGGAGGAAGUCUGUGACAGAAGGGUCCCGGGGAAGCUGGUACAGUACAAACACAUGACUGGCCCCUCUCGCUAAUCCCCUCACAAACCCAAAUCCCAGUGUGUGCCUAAUCGGAGUGAGAUGCUGCGGAGAGGUGGCAGCCUCCAUGCUUGACAGCUGCCUCCUCACCCCCCCCUUCCCCGCCUCUCAGAAAAGGAAUAGAAAACCCUGCAGGCAGCAGCGGUGGGAUGCAGAUCAGACAAGCAAAGCAUCAUAGCGUGAUGUUACAGUGGGGGUAUCAGAGACGCGGUUGAAGUGUGACACCUUGAGUGCUGCCACGCUCAGGAUGCGUUGGAUCAGAACAGGUAAAUGCAUGUAGCAAUGUAGACCCAUUUGUCCUUCCCUCCUUCCCUCCUUCCUUCCCCCUUUCUGUCUUUCUCAGGACACCAGCUGAAGUGGAUCACUGGGAUGUAGUGAAAGUUGUGGCAGCUUUUGUGUGAGAACUGGGCAGGGUUGGUGAAGAAAAGCAAUGGACAUUCUUUCAUGGAGGAUCUACAUGUCAACUCAGGAUGAGUGUGAUGAAGGAUGCUGCAAUCUCACCGGACUGUAGUAGUUUUGGAAGAAAUGCCUAAAGGAGCCUCUGGCUUAGGGGAAAGUGAAAUGCAGUCCAUUAGGAUAUACGGUACUUUAUGGAACUUAGCAACCCAGAGGUUGGGAGACGGUGUGAGGGGAAAGGACCUUUUAUCUAAGCAAUGUGCGGUGAUGGCUGGGACUGAUGUGGCUUUAAUAAUUAUAGAACAUAAAGCCAUUAUUCUCUCUUUAUAUGUAAAGGGAACCCUUUCUGCAUCAGUUUGUCUGCCAAGUAACUCCCACAUGUUGCCAAAGAUUCUGGGGAGAGUUCCAGGUCACACACGGAAUUCAGGUGGGAUGCUGUCCAGGUCUGCUGAGCCUCAGUGUUGCAUCACAUGUAGGGGUGCAGAACACACCCCUAGAUUUUAAGCAAAGAUUGAUAAAAACUUAGAGGGAAGAUGACUUGCAAGUACCAGCAGUUUGUUUCGUUAUAUGUAUAAUCCACCUUUCCAUUCUGUUUCUAAGCCAAUUCAGAAUGCUGGCUUUGACAUUUUACAGCCUUUAGCUUGGAGAUAAUUUCUGGUGAAAUUUAACCAUGCCGUUCAUGGCAACUGCCCUUCUCUCCCUGCCCUCCUCUUCUAGUAAUUCUUGGUGAAAAUUUCUGGAAUUGCAUGGAGAACAACUCUCAGGGUUGUGGGUUUGAGCCCCACACUGGGCACUUGCAUUUUUAAACGGCCAUGUUGUAUUUUGUCUUGUAGUCUCAGUGCCUCAUCUGUAAAAUGGAAACAAUUUUAGUUUGCUUCACAGAGCUCUUGUAAGCACAGAUAAGCUGAGGAAGUAAUGUCAUCCACCUUUCAGUCUUCAGAUGAAUUACUUGCUAGAAUUCUAAAAUAAUUAAAUAAAAGCUGUUAGUUUUGAAGCCUGAAUCCAACCCAUGAUUUUUUUGGGGGUAGCAAGAGCUGUAAUCAUCUGCUUAAGGUGAUAAGUUUGUUCAUUAGUGGGGGUUUUUUAAGUAAUCGUGCUCUGUUAAAUGGACCAUUUCAGUGCAGGUUUUUAUUUCUGUAAGUGGUGCCAAGUGUGCAUUCAGUUCAUAUCGUCUUCAUGUGGGCUCCCAUUGCCUCUGGCCUGAGCUGGUGACUUGUUUGCCCAUCAGUCAAGCCAAGUGGGAGUGUGUGCCUAAGAUGGACUGGCUAAACAAUCCAUUUGGAGUGCCCUCUAAGUCUUGAAAACUCAAAAACCCCAGAGAUUUUGUUGAGAUCACCGUAGAACUGUAUGAUAACAAAUGACUUGAUUCAACAGACCCUUGGUUGGAUUACAAACCCUGUGAGGACUGAGGGAUUUGGGGCUGUAUUCUUAGUGUGUGUGUGUGUGUGUGUGUGUGUAAAGUCAACAAGUUUAUAUACUCCUGUAGAUUCUUCCAAAGUACGUGCCUUACUUCUGAUUUGUUCUCAGAAAUGUUGCUCUGUGAAGUUAUGCUGGGAUUUUUCAAAGGUCGCUGCUUGCCCUUCUAUAGACAGAGCAGUAUCAUUAUCUACAGCAAGCAAUGAGACUCUGUGAAGUAACCUGCUCUGGUAAUACUCACAUGAGUAUGGAAUAUAAAGUAAGGAUCUAUGAGCUCUGCUUAAAAAAAUAAUACAUAAGUCACCAUGCAUUGGAAAUUUCUUUAUACUGAGCCAGACCAGUGGUUUUAUUUAUUUAAUUGGUAAUUUACUAAAUUUGUCAGUCGCUUUAUCUUGCCCAGGGCACCCCAAAGCAACUUAUAACCAGCUAAACAGACAAUAAACCCCACAUAGAUACAUUAAAACCCAGAGGAAAGAGAAAUAUUGUAAAAACAUCCCACUCACUUUCUAAAAGGCCACAGAUAGAUAAAGGACAGAGGUCUGGUUACAGAGGAAGGUUUUUGCCUGGCACCAAAGAUAUAUAAUGAUGGCACCAGGUGAUCCUAACUGGGGGAGGGCAUUCCACAAAUGGGGAGCCACUAGAGAAAAGGCCUGUUCUUGUGUUGCCACCAUCCGGACCUCUUAAGGGGGAGGCACAUGAAGAAGGGCCUCAGAUGAUGAUUGCAGGGUCCAAGUCAGUUCAUACAGGGGAGAGGUGGGCCCUGGCGUAUUGCGGUCCUGAGGCGUUUAAGGUUUUGUAGAUCAAAACCAGCACGGAAACUAAUUAGCAGUCAGUGCACUUGGGCCAGGAUAGGCAAUAUAUGCUCAAACUAUCUUGCCCCUGUGAGCAACAUGGCAGCUGAAUUCUGCAGCAGCUGAAGUUUACGAAGAGUCUUCAGAAGCAGCUCCAUGUAUAACUCGCUGGUUCAUCUAGCUCAGUGUUGUAUUCACUAAGGCUAAGGAAAGCUGGAUUUCAGCAGCUUAUUUGAAUAGUGCAAAUUAAGCAGUUUUGCAUACAUGCUCAUUUUGCGUAAUAUAUUAUGCUUCUGCAAGCCAUACAAUGAAACCUACCCGCUUUACUGCUUGGAGUCCUACUGAUCUUUGAGAUUUCACCAGGGAUUUCCUGCAUGUUUUCAAGCUUAUCUUUGCUGCCAUGGUGGCAAGUAAACAGCUUCAGAAACAGAAAUGUAACUCAAAAGUUGAUAUUUUGUUCAUUACAAAAUUAUGCAUAUAUGCAAAAUUGUGGGUAUACGAGCCUGGAUAUAUAUGGAGUAUACAUACUGGGUAUAUUCUGAGCCUGUAUUGUUCUUUAAAGAUGAGCUCCUACUCUUGCACUUUUUCUCUGAACAUAGAAUCAUAGAGUUGGAAGGUACCUUAAAGGUCAUCUGGUCCAGCCCCUCAACUGAUGCUGGGAAAAAGAGAACGAUGUUCUCUUUUUGCACCAAUAAGGGAAGUGAGUAUUCAGGAGCUUUUAAACGGAAUGUAGUGUUCUUGCCAACAUGCUUUUAGAUAGAUCAACACAUGGGUGAACAUCACUGUACAGUGGUACCUCAGGUUACAUACACUUCGGUUACAUACGCUUCAGGUUACAGACUCUGCUAACCCAGAAAUAGUACCUUGGGUUAAGAACUUUGCUUCAGGAUGAGAACAGAAAUCGUGCGGCGGUGGCAGUGGGAGGCCCCAUUAGCUAAAGUGGUAUCUCAGGUUAAGAACAGUUUCAGGUCAAGAACGGACCUCCAGAACGAAUUAAGUUCUUAACCUGAGGUACCACUGUAUAGAAAAAUAAAACAGCCACCUUCAUGUGAGGAGGCAAUGCAAGAGUCUAUUUUUCUGAACAUAUAUUGCACUGGAAAGCUGUAAUGUGCCCCAGAAACACGCUCAAUGCUCCCUUGCUGUUGCACACUAUAGGAGGCACAUGGUAAUAAUGGACAAGGUUGUUUCUUGUGUCGUUGCAGUCUUAUCACUGCAGAUGCCCUGAUAAGCAUCUCCAUAACCCCAACUGAAGAUGAUAUAUCUAGGAUAGCGAUGUAGGGAUUAUAAUGCUGAGAUAAUUCCCCCUAAGCUAAGACUCCAUUGUGUGUAACUGCCCAAUGUAUCUCUUGUUGUGUGCUGGAUCUAUGCCGCCACUAGUUAUUGAUUGCAACUCCAAACACACAAGCAUUAUCUUCUUGGUAGCCUUCCCUCCCUUUUUAAUAAUUAUGAACGCCAUUGGAAAUUCUUCCUGGGUGUGCAUCCCGUGAGGGCACCUGUGAGCCUGUGCAGUUGGUGGAGUAUUCUGGGUAUUCACUGCUUCCCUACAAAGGUGAUGUUGAUUGGCUGAGUCUUUGCCCUUGGACUUUGUGCUCUUUCUGAUAAGAGCCCCAGUGAGCUUAAUGAAGCUGAGGAAUUAUUAACUUGGUGUGUUUGGUGCCAGAGAACAGGGCAGAAAAGGAGUGGCUCUUCUGAGACACAAACAGGACCCUAAUGCCACACUAAUAAAUUAUUGAUUAUAAUUCCGCAUAGCGUCAUCCUCCUUGCCCCCUGAUUCUGAAUUAACUAAUGAAUGUUACUGAUUAUAAUUUCCCAUAGUAUGAUCCUCCUUGCUCCCCGGCCAAAUCUGCCUUCUGUUUUCUCAGAUGGUUCUGAAUUAACUUCCAUUCCCCCAUUCCUCUGCUAAAAGAUAAAAUGUUGGGGAUGGUGUAGUGUGAUAAGAUCACCGAGCUAGAUAAAGGGGUGAAGGUGACAAGAGAACAGCAGGUGCUAAGGAGGAAAUCCUCUUUUCACUGAGUUUACCACCUUUUGCUUUAUGCACUGAAAUUCCAGUUUGCUUGAGGAGAGGUAGUCCUAGUCACCUUGAUUAGGUUGACCUUACACUUCCUGCUCCCCACUACAUACAGCACGAUUGUGUGACUAGGGCAGGCUACCAUCUAAAUCUACAUGCCUUCCUCAUUUCGCCCCUCUUCUGAGUUCAAUGAUACCUUUGCUCUGACCUUCCUGUUGUCGCUAGUCCCUCCUUCUUCCUUGGAUUGGGGCAGGUAUGUUCCUUUUGCUGCACACCUGGGAACCCCCUCUGCAUGGCAUCUUACCACUGCUCAGGCAUAUGCAUCUUGGGUUUGGAAGACUUCUGUUAACUUUAUGACUGUCCCACUUACUUAGUCAUAGGAAGCUGCCCAGUACUGACUCAGGCCAUUUGUCUGUGUAGCUCACAUUAAACUGAGUCACUCUCCAGAGAUUCUUUCUCAGCCUUACCUGGAGAUGCCAGAAAUUGAACCAGGGACCUUUUGAAUGCACAGUGUUCCACUGAGGUAUGGACCUGUGAAUCAAAUCCAGGACACACCACAUCAUUCCAAGAAAGCCAGCUGCCCAUGCUUGGUUGGAGGGACUCUCCCCCUACCCCACCCCAUCCCCGUUGACCUCCUCUGCUAGUUGGAAUGUAGCAAGGCAGAACUGGGAAAGGACAACAAAGGCGAUGCGUGUAAGGCAGACAAGAUUAACCCACACAGAGCACCUGCAGUACCUGAAUUCAGAGUUGUUAAUGUGGGAUUUCGGUCUUCACGUGGUUUUGUAUUGUGUGUUAGCUGGGACGCUUCUCGCCUUUGGACUCUACAAAUGAAACAAAUAGUGGCAAGUAUACCGAUUCCCAGGUUUACGUGUGUAAAUGCUUGUGAGUCAGCUUUGACUGAGCAACUCACUGGUAAACUGCUUAAAGAUAAAUGUGUGGGUCACCUGCACCCUCAUGGUAAUGGAUUCUGCCAAAUUACAAACAAUUGUGUGUCAUGCUGUGGAGCCCUGUCUUACUUGGAACAACUUCUGCAGCGCGUUCUGGAGAAUGCAGAGGCCUGCAUCUCUGAUGGACAGGAUACCGGCUCUUAAGAGGAGUUGUAACAUGAUGCCUCGCGUUGGCUGCUUAUCUCAUUGAACUUUGCCUGAUACAUUGCCAUGACUUAAAAUGGCAGGAGAGAAAACUUCAGCUGUGGAGUCUGUGAGUCUGUAACUAUAAAACGCAAGCACUAAGUGAUGUUAGAUUUCAUUUCCUUGUUCUCCUGAGGUGGUUUAGCCACAGCAAUCAGAAUCUGCUAGGCUGAAUAUUCUUCAAUACUAGUCAAAAUAAAGCCUAAUGAUUGCAUUUUUCAUUGCUUUCCCCCUUGGGGAAAGGGUUUGAUGAUAUCACGUGAAUGAACAGGGUGAUACCCAUGAAGAGCACAGGGCAGGAAAGGCAUACUGAUGUUUUGCACAGUAGCUUCUAACAUUAAAAUACCCAGAACAUGGUACAAUUUAACCAACUGACUACUCAACUCAUGCCCAGUAGGGUAGAGGGUGCUUUUGCUUUUUCCUUCCAGAUGCAGGACAGACAUGAAUAUCCAUUCACACAAAAUGCAGUUAACUUAUGGAAUUCAGUGCCACAAGAUAUGGCAGACCUAUUUACUCUGUCUGCGUAUUCAUGAGGCACAUGUGAACAGAAGGGGAGUGUUGCCUUUCAAAUAUCAAAUCCCAUAACAAAAUUAAUGCAUAACUAAUUCAACGAUUAUUUAUUUUCAUAUAGCUUAUUUGUCUGUGUUGAUGAGACAUUUAUGAAUAAGCUGAAAUGUUCAACACUUAAUAAAGCAGACUGCUAAUAUCAGGUAGCUAUUAUUUCAAAUAAGGAAAUAUGGCCCGGAUGUAAAACUCUUCCUUACUAUCUGCAGGAUACAUAUUUCCACCUUCUAAGAAAUUAAUUUCUUUCCUUGUUUCGUAAACGCAAGAUGUUUCUUCAAAGAAUAAACUGUUCCUGAAGUGAAAUAUACAACUAUAAGGGAUUUAUGAGGCAUAUUUAAGGGGUAUUUUUCUUAAUAUAAGCUCCUUUCUUAAGAAUAAAAAAGAACAGAAAAAAACUGAUUAGAGAAAUCAAUAUGCAUGAAAAAUAAUAUGUAGGCAGAAAACAAAACUAAGGAUAGAGCAGAUGAAGUUCAUUUUAGGAUUCUUUGAGAUGAAAAAGCAAUUACUGUAUGUAUUUUAAGCAAAAGUAGUUCAAAUUAAUAAACCUGGAUAUAUGAAACCUACUCGUUUUUUCACCAAACUCUUGAUAUGCAGCAGUAUCCGUUAAAAGGUCUGACAAUCAUGUUUGCAAAAAACCCCCCAUAAAGUAUGGUGGAAAGUAGAACUAUGAGAAUUAAUGGUGUAAAUCUGACAGUCCCUUAGUGGAAACAAAUUUCUAUUUUUUUUCUUGGAAAUAUCCUGAAUUUUCCUUGUAUUAAAACUUGAAAAUUGGAGCUAAAAUUUUUGCUAUUCGUGGUUGGCAUUGCAUUCAUUAUGAACAAAAAAUUGUGACAUUGAAGGAGAUUUUAUAACUUUGAUCCAUCUGUGCAGCUGGGCCUGUGCAUAUGCAGCCCUGUCAGAUGACCCUCAAUUGCCCCAAUAACUAUUUGGGAAGAGAGAGCAAUAGGGACUAGACUCAGGUCCUUGUUGCCUCUCCCAACGAAUGAUCAGUUUGAUCACUGAUUUAUCUGAAAGUGGCUGUUCAUGUGCUGAACUUGGGAAAGGAGAAACCAUGUUCAAAGUACCCAUUUGCACAUAGGGUUCCCCAUUCAACUGAGGCUGCUCUAGAGGAAGCACACUUACAAAUGUGUUUUACGUGCACAUAAAAUCCAGGAUGCCUUAAAAUGAAGUCAAAUGGGCCACGUCCUGGUUAUAGUGCAACAAUUUAAACGGACACCUUUCUAAAAUUUGUAUUACUCUUUAAGUAUAUUGCUGUCAAAGACAAAAUUCUAACCCAGUGUUGUUGCCUAACCCAUUUUUUGGCAAAUAUGUCCAAAGUCAAAUCCACAGUGUGAAACUCCAUCAUACCUUAGGGUGGUUUGCCUGAUUAAACCAAGGAACCACGGAGCAAGCAGCUGUGCAGUGUGGGCAGUCAGGAAAUGCAGACCUUUUCCAAUGAGGCACCUAGGUUGAACACCCAUGCCCCUGUUCUCUCCUUGCCUUCUCCUCAUGAGCAGGGACUCUUUCUUCUCUGUACAGCUCCUGACACAAAAUAGAUGUGAUGUAGUGUUACUGAUAAAUGAUACAGUAGCAGUUGACCUCUUACCUGCGUCAGCCUUGCAAAAACGUUUUUCAGAUCCACUCUUCUGCCCACUAAUCAGUCUGCUUUCCAUCUGUUCUGUCCCACCUUCCCUUUCUGCCCACCUUGGUGCUGUUUGCUUGCUAGAAAGGGUAUUGCAGCACUGCCAGAACUCCUCCUCCAGGCAAGUGGCUAAGGCUUGCCCCCCCCCCCCGGAUUUAGAUACUGAUUUAAAAGUAGUACUCAAAGCAGUGGAAGCCAGAGUAAAGCCUAUAGAAUGUGACCCGUGGAAACUAGUGACAAUUCCAGUACCAUGGACAGCAGAGUUGUCAUUUAAGAGCUUCCCAAAUUCGUUUUGCAAAAACGGAACAGGAGAGCAAAAAAAUGACACUCGAAACCACCUCUCGUUUCCUUGUUGCUCUUGGUGUAUAAAUAUUGACACAUUUGCCCUCAGGCAGUUUAAAUAAUUGGAACUUCUUGCUGGAAGCCUACUGUCUGAAUGAUCAUUCUGGGGUGUUUUUUUGGGGGGGGGGACACUUAUCAAGCUCUUCUCAUUUUGGAUCAUAUCAGCCAGAAUGCAUUGAACACGGAACAAAAGCUAUUUCCCAGGAGUGACAUAGUGGUGUCUAAUUGUGAUUUCCCUUGUUAUGUGGACUAAAUGGAAGAAGCAAAGCUCAGGGCAGCACACUAAGGUUGGUACUGGACAAAGAUGUUUGUGUCACAGAAGGGUCCAAAAGUGGGGCAGGGGUUUCUUGCUAGUGAUUUUGCACACCCAUCUAUUAUUUUUAAAAUUCAAAUGCUGGACCUAGAGAGAGACCAGUUGUCUACAACUCAGAAGAAUAUGCCUUAUACUUGCAACAUGCACCCCCUCCCCUAUUACCCUGAGACUUCAUUAUGGGUAUAUUGGCAUAGGCUUUGAUAUGUACCUCAGGACGUGGAAGCCUGGGGGGCAGAAUGGAAAUAACUAGGUUUCCCCAAAUGUUUCUGUGCUUUUUCUUCUUUCAGAAAACUGAAAAAAAUGGGAGGGGGGCAGUCCCCCCAUUUUUCCAUUUCUGCUGUCCCAGGCCUUCACAUUGCAAUAUGUACCUAAACAUACUGGUCACUAUGCAAACCACUAUGAAUGCAGAAUAUGCAUGGAGAUGAUUCCAUAGUCUCAACAGACCAUGUAAGCAGUGUGUGUGUGUGUGUGUGUGUGUGUGUGUGUGUGUACCUCCCAUUACCCCAUCUAGCCUUCCCCUCUGCUUAGUUUGAGUUAUUUAUGUUUCAGGGCAUGAGCUUCAUGAGAUAAGAUGAAAAGUUGGAUGGGGAUAUGGAAAACUCACAUAGACUUUCCACUAACCCUUAUAGCACAUUCCCUGCCCCCACAUACUGCACAUGGUGAAAAUAGGGCUCCGUUUGAACCCACCGGUUCCAUAUAUAUUCAGGUGCUGUGUUAAAGGUGGACAGGAUUGUACCUGCUGUGAGUUGGUGGCACAGUACUCUGCCUCCAUCUCUAGCUGUGUUCCUAAUUAGGACUCCACUGUUAGGUAUGAAGAUUAGUACACAAUUAAAGAGGCACUAAAUUUUGUCUGGUGCCCCAGCCCUAGUUGUAAGGACCAUCCUGGAAUGUCCCUCAUUCACUGACAUCUAGUUAAUCUUCCAUUAUUAGACCGCCUCUUCCCCCUCCCCUCCCUCUCCAUGCUUCAAAAAUAGCUUCAAAAGCCUGCUAAUUAAUUAAUUACUCUACAGUCAUGCAAAAAUCGUUGCUAGUAUACAUGCCAUUUCUUAAGAGUGGGGGGGGGAUGGACUUGUUAUUUACCUUGCACAAUCCUGCAUCCAUGCCGUUCUAGAAUAUAUUUUGAACCCUUCCACUGAUAAAAACAGCAAAUUAUUUUGGGGUUGGAGGUGGGGGGAAGCAGCCAUGACCACACAGUCCCAGAGGACUCUGGGAGGAGAGGUUGUUUGAGGCACAGGAAGAAGCACGUUUAGUUCUGAAUUGUUAACAAUGACUGCAAGGGGUGUGAGUGUGGCAUUCCCUGGGCAGCUGCCAGUUUAGCUAUCCUUUCAGUCUACAUCCUACUAGGUAGUUUGCUUGCUUAUGCUUUCAGGCCUCCCAAAGCUCUCUAUAAACACUGAUAAGGACAUCAUAAACUGAGCUUGAAUCCUGGGAACACAGAGGCACUGGGUGAAUUGGUCAAUUGCCUUCCCUGGGCAAGGUUUUCCUUCCCCUCAAGGGAGCAGUUUGGGGAUGCUGCUGGAUCCAGCUGUGUCAUUGGAGGCCCAGGUCGUCACAUUGGCUAGAAGCACAUUUUAGCACAGAGGUCAGCAACCUUUUUCAGCCAUGGGCCGGUCCACCGUCCCUCAGACCUUGUGGAGGGCCGGACUAUCUUUUUUUGGGGGGGGGGGGGUGAAUGAACAAAUUCCUAUGCACAAAUAACCCAGAGAUGCAUUUUAAAUAAAAGCACACAUUCUACUCAUGUAAAAACAUGCUAAUUCCCGGACGGUCCGCGGGCCGGAUUGAUAAGGUGAUUGGGCCACAUCCGGCCCCCGGGCCUUAGGUUGCCUACCCCUGUUUUAGCAGCUGCAACUGGUGCAAACAGCGAAGGCCUUUCUUGGGCUUGGGAGAGCUUGACAGCAGUAGUUCAGGCAUUUGUGACUUCAAUAUUAGAUUAAUGCAAUGCGGGGGGUGGGGGAUUCCCUUGUGCUUGAGCCAGAAGCCGCCGUUAGUGCAGAAUGCUACAGGAUGGUUGCUGACAGGAGUGAAACCCUGGGUGGAAUUCAGUGUAGCAAUAAGUGGUGAGACCUCCAGGUAUAGGGUGGCAUAUAAAUUCAGAGAAGAAGAAGAAGAAGAAGAAGAAGAAGAAGAAGAAGAAGAAUGGGUAUGGGGAAUGAGGGCCACUUGUGUAUCUAGACCUGCCCCCCCCUGUGUGCCCCCUGGGCACCUCCUAAACCUGUUCUGGGAGAUUCUGCCAACCCUCCAGAGAACAUUGAGGGGUGUUCAGGGGGCAUACAGGGAAAGAGAAGGGGAGGUCAUAGAAUCGUAGAAUUGUAGAGGUGGAAGGGACCCUAAGGGCCAUCUAGUUCAAGCCCCUGCAAUGCAGGAAUCUUAACAAAAGCAACCAUGAAAGAUGGCCAUUCAACCCCACUGCUUGAGGAGACCUCGUUCCGUGCAUGCAGCAUGCAGCAACUUCUUAGUUGAAUCCCCCUCCCCUCCCAUCUGCAUAGAACACCUCUGCAUAGAGAGGUGUACUGUUGCUGGACCAAGUUCAGGCUACUACUUUUAAGUAUACAAAGCCCUUAAGAACACAGGGCUAGUUUACUUGCAGGGUUGCCUUACCCAGGGUGUCCAAACUUUUUUCAAAGAGGGCCAGAUUUGAUGAAGUGGACAUGCGUGAGGGCCAACCAAAGAACUGACCAAAGUUGUUGACUGCUUCGAUCUGCAGAACAGCUGCUGUUGCAGUUGCCACAUAAUACUUGUUCUGCUCUUGUAAUCAAUCUUUCAGUCCAUCUUUCACUUUGGAACUCCCCACCUAUUGAGAUCAGGCCCGCAACUUCACUGUAUUCUUUUCCGUACCUGCUUAAAACAUUUUUUUUUUCAUUUAGGCAGACCUAUCCAGACAUGUGUUUUAACUCUUUUUAGCUAUUCUUGGCUUUAAUUAGUUUUGAAUGUAUUAAAAUACCUGUUUUUAUCUGUUUUUAUGCAUAGUCUUUAAUGUUUUAUUUCAUAAAUCAGUGACGGAAUCAGUGACGAAAGAGGAUCUAGAACAGAUGGACAAUGAGGAACGGAGAGUUAGUGGUAGGAAUGUAAUUAAAUAUGGGUUUGGACUAUGUGGCAGUAAACACAGCAUAAUAAAAAUUGCCUGCUCUUUAACUGUCAUAUCAUUUAUACUCCUGCUCCAUGUUGCAGCAAGUAGAACAUUGUAAUCUCAUGUGACCAUUGAAACAUCUCGCAUAUCUAUAAGUGGUUCAACUGGUUAGAGCAUGGUGCUGAUAACGCCAAGAUUGCAGGUUUGACCGCUGUAUGGGAUGGUCGCAUAUUCCUGCAUUGCACGGGGUUGGACUAGAUGAUCCUCAGGGUCCUUUCUAAUUCUACAAUUCUAAGAUUAUUUGACUACAGAGGAGGACUGAAUUGGAAGGGGUGGAGCUUUGGGGACUUCUGUGCGGGACAUUUAGAGCACUAUUGUUCCACCUUAGCGGCCAUGGCUUAUCCAGGAGAAUCCUGGAAACUAACUAGUUAAGGGUUCUGAGAGUUGCUAGGAACUUCCUAUUCCCCUUACAAAGCUACAAUUUCCAGAGUUCCCCUGGGAUUGGUUGUUAAACCACACUGGGAAUUGCAGCUGGGAAUUGGAUUCUUUGGGAGAAGCCAUAACAUAAAUUGGUGGAUAAGGGUGAGAUCCAACAUAGUACAGGUGGGCAUCAUUCAUGCAGCAAGGCUUCUCCUUCUCCCCAGGCCGUGUCCAUGGACCUCCAAACUCUGCCCUAGAGGGUUGGGAGACUGUAUGGAGCAGAAAGGGGACAGGGGAAAAUGCAGGCAGCUGAAGAGGAGUGAUUUACAUAUUGCAAGUGGGUGUCAUUGGAUGUCACCCUGGUAUAGGUACCAUGAGUAUCUAGAACUUCUUUAUUGCCUUUUGAGUACCAGUUCAUGGAAAUAUUGUGCUCCGGUCUUGCAAGCAGGUUUCCCAUAGACAUCUGGUUGGCCACUAUGAGAGCAGGAUGCUGGACUAGAUGGGCCAUUGGCCUGAUCCAGCAGGCUCUUCUUAUGUUCUUAUUUACAUUUCAGCAAGCAUGGUGGAAAACUACAGCCUAUGCAAGCCAGAGAAGCAGGACUGGAAUCCAUAUCUCUUUAAAGCCAUCCGGUCAAUAGUGUCAUUUCUGAAGCUAAAUUGGAUAAGAUUCUAGACAAUGUGCUACAGUCAGGGGUCAUGUACUGCCCAUGGAGAGAGCCGUUGAAUUAAUUAAAAUGUGUUAUCUAAUGACUCAUUCUUCUUGUGUAAUUUCCCUUCUUCUCCCAUUUGUUAACAGCUGCACUGGUUGCUUCAUCAGUCUUUUCUUCCCCAAGCUAUUUCAGAAACGUUUAGUGCUACGUGUUUCCUUUUGCUGGGUCUUAAUUGACACUCGGAUCUAUUGUCAAUAGAUAAAGAUGGUUUGGCAGCCCCAGAGAGCAUUAGCAGGGUGCACUCGUCUGAUGGCUGUCUCACAAACAAAAGUUUUAGAGGCUUUAAGUGAAAUUGGUUUCAAGUGGAGGUGAAGAGCCAAAGUGGGUGAACAGAAGCCUUUUGGGGUCUAUUGCUGUGCCUGGCUAUAGCAUUUCUGACAGCUGGUGAGGAUGUUUGAGUGCCCCAAUCCCUACCGAAUAAAAUAUUAUGUACAUGAGCAAAAGGAGCAUGUUCAGUAGAAAGGGCCUUUCCCCAGCAUGCUAGCUUUUCUAUCUUAAUUGAGAUUUUUGUAAAAAAAUAAAAUGUGAGGAGCAUUCCAUUCUUCACCUGUCAUUUGAAAUGGUACAGCUCAGCACUCGGAGCUUCUGCUCGUCUGUUUUAACUCUUAGUCAGACUGGCAAUCCACAGCCACCCCAAUGAUAAAUUGAGAGAUGAUUUAGUGAGCGACUGAAUUGCAGCAUAACUGAAAACAUCUGGUUUUGGCAGAAAAAAGUCUGUCUUGGCAUGAACCUGUUUAGCGAGAGGAAGGCAAACCCAGUAGAACUUCUUGAAGAGUGAUACAGUGAUGUGUGCAGAUGGAUGUGAAUUCUGAUAACUGCAUGUGGCUGCACCAAGGGAUAAGAAAGACCCCAGUAGGUCCUUGCCAGGAUCAGAGUUCCUUUGAGCAAACAAGGCCUGCAGGUUAAAAGGUUCCGGUGACAUAGGGGAGGAGAGCCUGCCACACUAGAUGAAAGCAUAGUCAACAGAAAACUAGGCAGCAAGGAAGAUGGCUCCUGUGGAGCCUUAGUAGAGUGGAGCCAAUGCCAUGGGAAGGUAACUUGUCAUCAAGGAACAGAGAGCAGCAUAAGGCAGCAGGCCGGCUGGCUGGGAUGGUAGCAAACAUAAUCAGGCUGAAGACAAAGCCAGACACAGUUGCUGGGGCAAAGGCUUCAUCCUGACCUGGAAGCUCCUUUCCUCAAGUAGGUUGCCAGUCUUGGGGAGGGUGAGCAAAGCCCUGUGCUGGUGAAGACCUGCAGUGGCUCAGUCAGUUAGGAAACCAGCUGUGAGAUGCGAGAUUGCUGGUUUAAGCUACCUGCACUUUUCCACUUUUACUCCAAAAAGCUCAAAGUAAUAUAUGUGCUAGCCUUCCCCCAUCCACCCCUUUUAUCGUCACAACAACCCUGUGAGUUAAGUUGGCUAAGCGUGUGAUUGGCCAUGGCAACAUGAACCUGGGUCUCCAGGCUUAGCCUGGCGCUCUUAACUCCUACAUUCUCUCCUGGGCUGAGAGGACUAAGCCUGAGUGUUCUUACAUCCUCUGCCAUUUCCAUUUCUGUUCUCCAUGGUGCAAAAGGCAAUGCAUGCAUCCAAUAGUGGUGUUUUGGAGUUUGUCAUGUAUGUGCAUGGAUUUGCUAAUUGAACAUAUUGAGCGGGAUUCACCUAACAAAACACGUCAGAGGUAGACAUGCAUAAGGACUUCCACUUGUGCAAUGGGUCACCCCCCCAUCUCCUCUCCCAGACCCCUCAAAGUUGACUCAGGGUGGGGAGAGAGGAAUCAUUUUGUCUGGCAAGCCGAAAAGCUUGUGCAGACAUAAUGUUUGUAAUGGCACACCGUUGAAUUCCAUCUGUUGUAAUUAACUGUUUCACAAAGGUGGGCAUAUGAAAAUGUAUAUUUCUCCCAAGACAUUUCAUAUUAAUAGAAGAGAGAAGCUUUGAAAGCUGCUUGGUUAUCUGUUCCGCAGACCUGUUUGAGAUUAGGGAUUUAUUGCCUGUGAGUAAGUUUGACCCAGGGUGAGGCUGGGGCUGUCUCUGUAUGUUUGGGACUUGCGUGCUGAGACUCAGAUGAAGGAAUAAUAUUAUGGAUUUCCCAGCAGUUGUCCCAGGUGCAUGAUGUGAGCUGACAGGGUCUGAUAGUGAGAGAGCCAGUCUUUUUCCAGGAAUGAUUGUGUUUUCCUUGCAACCUUUCUCCAUCUCUUAUCCUGAGACAGAAUGUGGGAUGUUGUGUUGUUAACAGUGAAGACUAUGAAAAUGGAAUCGGAUUAUAAAUGGCCCAAUGUGUGUCUCCAGGCAGGCACCUUCACAGUCACCAAAUGCUGAUGUUUGUAUGUGCUGUGAUUUCCUUCAUCUUAGCGCAUGAAUUGACAAGUAGGCCAUUGACUGCCGGGGCAGAGGGGGGGAGCACUGGGGAGCAUACAAAUGCUCUACUGUGUUGUUGCUCACACCUUCCCCUCCUCCUCUGUCCCAAUGUCCAGAAGACAAUGGCUCAAUCCAAGCCAAUGUUCACAGCUGGCAUGGGCAGAGGAGAGGCCAGGGGAAGGGUGGAGAGGCUGGAAAGAGCCAGGGGCCAAGAGGGAGGCCAGAAAGAGGAAGAAGGAGGUGAUGAUGAUAAUGGGUCUUGAUAUGAACACCUAGAGAAGGUGUUCAGAAAAUAUUGGGGCGGGGGGGAGAUAAUCCUGAAUGGGGAGGAGGGGAAAGGAGAAAGGUAUCAGUAUAUAACCAUUUAUCCUCAUACAUAUGCCUAUAACAUGUAGUGGAUGGGAUUUUGCAUGGCUAAAAUGGACAGUUUGAAACCUGCAUGCAUUUAUAUUCACCCCAUGCUUUUUUUAAUUCGCUAUCUUGUUAUCCCAAGAUUGGGAAAGUGGAGAGAUCAGGACAGAGGUGAAGAAUCAGAAUCACUCUUAUUUCAAAAAUCGUAGUAGAAUUAGUUGUCCCAGAGGUCAACAGAUGCAAGAAGCUGAUGUUUUACUUACAAACCAGGGGGUGGGAGUGAAUCCUAUGUAGAGAAAAUUUUAAGAGCUAUGGCUGCAGUCCUCAGAAUUGUACCAGAAUAACCUAAUAUGGAAGGCCUUCAAGCUAUUUGAGUUCAUCUACUGUCUCUUCCAACCCCUUAUCACCUUUGGAGUCUGUCUGCUAAGCGAUCACUUUCCCUUUUUGCUGUAUUCUGGAAAGUCAUGUUACUGUGCAAUAUUUUCAUUAGCUGAACGAAGUCAGGCUUGUAUCAGAUUUUAGAAAGCAGCCAAUGGGGUCGUUGGCACAUUAGGAAAAAGAUACUAUAAAGGUCCGUUUUAUGCUUUACAGGGGCUUGCCAGCUACUGGAUGUCCACUUAAUUAGGAGCUGCAGUCAGUUACUGUCCUCCAAUAAGCAUGUUUGUUAAGACAAAUGUACUUGCAAACCUGUAUUUAGUUGCACUUUAAAACGUCUUAGGCAUACAUCUGAAAAUGUAAUGUGAAAAGGUGCCCUAAUGGUGAUCAUACACAAGGGGGUUUAUAAGUGAUUCAUUUUGACCUGUGAAGUAUUUUGAGCUCUUUGACCAUCAUAGGCAUACACGGUAUCAUUAGGGAAGAACUCCUUUGGAGCUUUAACUUUAGCCCUCUGUUGAAAAAUGACAAAUGAGAAUAAAUUCUUUUCUUCUAGGUUCUUGGGUUGUAUUGGAUAUCAGGAGCUUUAACUUGUAAUAAGUGCCUAACGAGCCAUGAGGAAUUCCGCUUGUCUCUUUGCCCUGGGUUCUGGUUGUUCCCAUGAUGUGUCUUGCAUGAAGUUGGCCCAGAAUUGCAAAGCAAAAUGAUUGCUUUCCUAAGAUCAGAAGGUGGAAUCUGUGACAGUGCUGUGGUGAACAGUGUGUAUAUGUGUGUGUGUCUUCAGUGGUGGGUUAGAGUUCAAAACUCUUUGCUUUAGCAAUCCUCAGAGAUCUGGAAAGUAAUUUCUAGAUUAGUUUUCAACUGUAUCUUUAUGUGGCUCUAACUUCCUUGGUAUCUGUGAGACUAAGCUGACUUGCAUCUUAACACACCAGUGUCUGGAGGCUGGGGUUCUCAAGCACUGGCUUACUAAGCUUUCCUAAACCGCCUGGGAGAAGGAACCCUGUGCUAAUUGUGGCCAUAAUUGAUCUGGCAUGCAAGAGCAGGAGGGGAAAGAGGAGACCUCACGGUAUGCUUUGAAGUAUCAGGGGAUCCAACGGAAGCAAAAAAAUAAAUAAAAGCAAAAGUCCUGUCCAUUGAAACCAAAUGAACAAAGAGAGGAAUCAGAAAUGGUGUGUCGUUUUAACAAGGAACCAAAUACCUAUCAAUAGUCAUUAAAUUGCAUUGAUCAAAUGGUAGCUGAAAGGUACAAAAGUCAGGUAGCUGAAGUGGCAGGGAUGUAUCCUUGAAUUGCCCAAAACUCUGUAGGAAAGCAUACUUCAUACUUUAAGACAAUUGCAGCAAAGUGAUAACGUGACCUAUCUAGAGCUGAUGAUUUUGGAUGGUUUAUUGAGAGCAUGGUAGGGAGUAAAUUGGUGCUGGAUCCAAGGGCUUUUCAAGGAUCUUAUCUGCUCUAGUUUUUAUGGUGAGGGUUUUGUGUAUAUGUGUGCAUGCCUUGCUUAGUAAUAUGGUCCUUAUCCCAUUUUCCAUUGUAUCUCAAUAUUUUGUACAUGCUCUGAAGAAAUAGCGGACUGCAGCCACUUUGCCCUGGGUGGUCUGUGAGGUAUCAGCAUUGUGGGGGUGGGAAGGGUGCAUUUGUGACUACCGUGCCCUCUCAGGUCACAAGAGUUGCAUCUCCUUCUGAGAGUGGCUGCUUAGUUUUACCGUCAGGUAAUAAAGAGCUUAAUUAAUGAGGAAUGCUGAGCUGCAUAUCUGGGUUGAGGUUUAGGCAGGCACAGUGAACCUUUUGCAAAGUCUGCACACACACCAUACAUUUAAAGCAUAUAUGACUCCCCUCAGAGAAUCCUGGGAACUGUAGUUUGCUAAUGGUCCGGGGAAUUGUAGCUCUGUGAGGGGUGAACUAUAUUUCCCAGGAAUCUUUGGGGAGAUCAUGUGCUUUAAAAUGUAUGGUGUGUACAAAGCCAAAAGCUUCCUCUCUUGCUUUUUGCCUAUUGCUGCGAGAUAAGGAGGAGUCAGUUUCCAAAGCACAGAUGGCCCCCAUUGUGUUACUUCGGCUGGGAGGCGGAAGAGGUACAUGGAGGGAGAUACACACUGUUUUAACAGCCAACUCUGCAUCUGAGUGAAUGUCCCCACAAUGAAUAUUCCUGCGAUGACCCAGUAUUGCAACUCUGGCUGUAGGUGACCAAGGGGAAGUGAUUGAGCAUAGCAGCGUGUUUCCCCCUCAGUCAUUCCUGCAGCCUCCCCCCCUUAAGGCAGUGUUUGGUUAGGAAUCUCUUGUGUGGAUUCUUCAAACUCAUGGCUGGAGAACAAGCCAAUCAAUAGGCAGGGAAGUAUAAACAUGGAGGGAGGCAGAAGCGGGGAGAGGAGCCUGGCGCGUUCCAGAGAAUGUGCCGAUGAGGCACACUGAUUUUGCAGCCCAUUGUGUAUAUUCAUUGAAACCUUUUGGCAGUCACCUGCAAAGGACAGUUGUAUAUGAACGGACAUCUGCCCUGGUUCUAGGUUUGGAUAGAUAUAGCGCCCAGAAGUCCCUACGGUGGCUAAAAUAAGGCAUGCUAAGUAGCACAUCCACCUGGGUGCAGUAAAGGUCACAGUCUGAGACAGUAGGAAAUCAUAGCUUUAGGAUAAUAUGUGGUACACUGAAGAGUCUUCUCUGCGAUAGCAGGGAUAAUAAAUGAGAGUGUUUGCUGUUAAAAGUCUGCUACCCAUAGCAACCCAAGGCAGACAGUUUCUAAAGAGAGGUAUUAUGUAGGGUUUCUGUGCCUCACCACUGUCUCCCUGUGUGAUCUCGACCAAGUCCCUUAACAGCCUCGUGCCUCAGUUUCCCCACCAGAGAACUGUAUUUACAAGUAAUAUAACAUUUAACCUACCACAAGGGGAGCUGUGGGAACUGGUUUUGGCACCAUAAGGUAAUUUCAUACGGACGAUAUACACAGAUUAUUUUCUUUCCAAUGUCCUUCUGACUUUUUCUAAUGCAGAAUCCUCCCUCCCCUCCAUAAAAAUCAUAAGGUAGAGAAGUGAAGUUACAGAGAACCAGGCAGAGGAACCUGCCCUAUGGAAUGCCCUCCCAUCAGAUGUCAAGCAGACAAACAAUCAUUUGACUUUUAGAAGACAUCUGAGGGCAGCUCAGAAGGGAAGGGAAGUUUUUAAUGUUUGAUGUUUUAUUGUGUUUUUAUUUUUUGCUGGAAGCUGCCCAGAGUGGCUGGGCAACCCAGUCAGAUGGGCGGCAUACAAAUGAUAACAACAACUAUUAUUUUUAUGCAGAGUUGGUGUUGGAAAUUUCGUUUGGAGUUCACGCCCCCCCCCCAGUCCCCCGAAUCACAUCACAGGUUGCAAAACAGUCAAAGUCUGUGUUGAUUUCCAAGGUGGAAAUGGCAAGGAGGGGGGACAGAAUAGAUGCAUUGGUACAUUUUAUUUCAGGGUGUAAUGCUCAUCUGCAAACAUAAGUUUGGGUCAUGUCACUUAAAUACAAUCCCAUGUGUUUUCCCUUAUUUGUCAUUCGCUUUUAGUGUAGCUUUGUAUACCUGAAGUUAUACAUCCUAAACCCAGUGGGGUGGUGCUUCCUGGAUUUUAAUGUGAUCGAGGGGAGAACGGAAUUUUCCUGUCUCCCAAAAUUACCCUGCAUUAUGGAAGCUCACAUGCUGUGUAGCCGUAACUCUGCUCCAUUCGGCUCUUCCCCAUUCACCCUCUGCUUUCUCAGGCCUCUGCUUCCCCACCUCCACCCACCCCACCUCGCUGGUGUGCACCAGCCUAUUAAAAUGGCUGACCUUGUCAUCUUCUCUAGGUUCUUGCAUCUGGUUCUAAUUAAGGUAAACCCCUCCCCUCUCUCUCUGGCAGUUCCUUUGCUCUCCCCCACUUUGUGGCCCAGGGAGGAUUAUAGGUGAUUAGAAGAUGAGCAACAGAGCAAGUAUACAAGCAGGGUGGAGGAAGAGAGGGAGGGGAUUUUAUAAGUGGAAAUACCAUAUAUACCUAUCAGCGUAUCUUGCAGUGUACGUUCUGUUCUUAAUCUCUACACUUUGUAAAUACAGUGACCUGAAGCACCUUCAACAUCUGCAGAGAACUGCUAAAAAGCUGAAACAGAUCUUGCUCCAUAUGAAGGAUAUCUCAAGGAAGGGUUCUUAGGGUCAAGUUUGCGAAGUAGGAUCUGGAAUGAAACUGUGAUGGUGGUGGUGUUUUUGUUUCAGCUUGCUGAUCACAAAUUCAUUUGCUCUGCAAUUUAUUGAAUCCAUCCCUGACCUGGUCACCUAGUACUGGUUUGAUGCAGGGGCCACUCUGUGAUGUGGGGGGUUGGGGGUGGGAACCCAUAGGAAUUUUUAUCCUGAAGGCACUAAUGCUGUACAAUGUGCUGUCGUGUGUCCCUUUGGGUCGGAAGGAUGGGCUACAAAUUCAAUAAAAUAAAAUGCAAUAAACAAAUUAACUGUUACGGUGUAUUCAUAGCAAGCCCUCCAUCAUAUUCCUACCUUACAAACAGAAUGGAGACGCUAAAUCAUUCAAAGCUGCCCAGUGUGCCCAAGGCAGAAGUCCAAAUAAACACGAUCCAUUGUAUCACCCCAAGUUCCUUUUUGUACUCUGGCCUCGUUUUGACAUUUAGGACUGACAGAGAAAACCAGUCCAGACAGUGGAAUUCCUGGCAUUCUCACAUGUUCAAAGGACUAAACUUUUUCUAGGGCUCUAUUCCUUUUGUUAGGCUGGUACUUGAAUUAAUGCCCUUCUCUCUCUGCCCCCCUUCCCCGCCUCAUUUCCCCCAGCUCCUUCCAAAUAAACAUUUGCACCAUUUCCUGACACUGUCCUGCAGUUUGGUAGUAGAGGAAAUUGAGGAUACCUUAGGAUGAUAACUGGGAAUUCUGGAUUUCAGCAUGUAAAUGCCUGGUUCAGUCCCUUGGGCAGCUGCCUAUCUUUCAGUCUGCUCAGCGAGAGUGCAAAUGAGAAGUUUGUGAGAGGUUUGGGCACAGGGGUUAUUGGAGUAAUUGGAAAUGCUUCAGAAGGUUUAGGGUUAGUGAAAGGUAGCUCUGAAAAGAUUUGUAUGCACUUCAGCAGUGCUGGCCUGCCCAAGAGGCAGGCAGAAGCAGCCACCUCAGUGAUCUCAAGCAAGUUGGCUUACAUGAAAACUCUAUUAAAAUCAAUACAAAGACAACAAAAAUGCAAAACCAAGUCUGCAUGACUAGCAGUGCUAAAAUAGGUUUGAGCCAUCAGGUAUAAAAUCUGCCACCUGUUCAUGCCAACCAUCAGGGUUUCAAAUGCUGGGUUGAACAGAAGCGUGGUUACUAGGAAAUGUGCACUGUAACAUGAAGCCUGGAUAGCUCAGUUGGUUAGAGUAUGGUGCUGAUGAUGCCAAGGUUGCAGGUUUGAUCCCCAUACGGGAGAGCUGCAUUUUCCUGCAUUGCAGGGGGCUGGAGUAGGUGAUCCCCAAGGUCCCUUCCAACUCUGCAAUUCUAUGGUUGUAAGUGGCAUAGUAGGCUUUCCCAGGGAAAUAACUCCAAAGGUGCAGUGUCCCUGCUCAAAAAACCCUUGCUCCAGAGACCUAGAGAUAUCAUUUCCCAUGAGAAACAGGAUCCAAAGCAAGGCUGUAUAUAUGGGAACUGGCGUACAGCCUUGCUGUUUAAGGCUUGCUUAUUGUUCUGACUGGCACCUUGAUUCACCUGUGGAAGCAAAUGGGCAGCCAAUGUAGAUGGAGGUGACAUUUGCACUAGCUGCCUCUUCCAAACAAUCUUUGUGAGCUUAGUGAAGCACUGGGUGGUGGUGAUGAAAACCCUUGACCUCUAGGGAGGGGCAAGGUGUAUUGGAUGUUAAAGAAAGAGGGCACUGUUGUGACUUGGGAUUUCAAGGUAAUCAGCAGUGGACACCAAAUUCUCAGUUCUUGCCCAGUUUCCAAUAUGAUUCAGCUGGGAUAGCUCAGUUGGUAGAGCAUGAGACUCUUGAUCUCAGGGUCAUGGGUUCAAGCCCUACAUUGGGCGAACAAUUUCUGCAUUGCAGGGGGUUGGACUAGAUGACCCUGGUGGACCCUUCCAACUCUACUAGUCAAUUAUUCUAUGAUCUGUUUGAAUCGUCUGACUUUAUGAGGAAGGUUUAACUGCCAAGCAACAAGUUCUGAUGUUUAAACUUAAACAAGAUCCUCCCCCAACAUUUUUGGAGUCUUUCUUUAUCUAUUUUUUUAAAAAUGCAAACAGGGACAGAAAUGAGAGUUCUGUCUCAGAAGAAAAGAACAAAGAGAACAUGUUUGAUAUUAUAUAUUUGUUUGUUUCAUUUACAUACCACCUUUUCCUCAAGGUUGUAUUCCACCUCCUCAGUUAAUCCCCACCACAAUGCUGCGAGAUAGGUUAGGCUGAGAGGCAGUGACUGGCCCACUGAGAUUCAUGACUGAGUGGGGAUUUGAACCCUGGUCUCCCAGGUCGUAGUCUGACACUCAGUGAUUUUAAUGGGAGAUAGUAAACCACAAACUCACUCUAUCCACUGAUGUGAAUGAGGUUUAAACAUGCAAUUGUGCAUAAUUUAGAUCCCCCAUGCCUAUUUUUUUAAUUCCUAAUGAAAGGAUACUCAAGUUUACCGGUAAUCUAGUUGCUUCAAGAAAAUGCAUAUGUAACUAGAUUUUUUUUUCAUAUAUGCAGCAUUCCACAUGAUUCUGAACUAUUUUCCAAUUUUAAUGUUGCUCUAGCUGUAAUUAACAUUCCCAAGUAGUUGGCAGUGAGUAGGUUUUAUUCUCUCUUUCAUCAGUCCCAAAAGAUGUAGUGAAAGAGAGAACGUGACUUACUGUGCCUGAGACAACAAAAAGCCUCUUUCCGAAAGCUCAUAAUCCUCUGAUAGUCCCACCAGAUGUGCAUUAUAUAUGCACUUGGAGAUGUCUGUUGGGGUUCCACGGAUGUGAGUUGACUGAAAGAUGGUGCAAGAGCAGCCUGUACAUAUUUGCUUGCUAAUAUGUAGGUGUGGAUGUUCUGCUGCUUGGUUUGUUGCUAUCUGAUUCAACGUUUUGUAGAGAAAUGUCGAAAAGGGGAUUUCACUGAGGUUUGGAAACAUUGGGGCUUGUUAAACACUGGCUACAUUCAAAUGUCACAAUAAGCCAGAAACUCGGGCUUAUGGUAGUUUAUUGGGAUCGAGCAAUGAGCUGCUGCCCAGUCACUCCUGUUUGCUCCACUUUUGGCAUGAGCAGGAGAAGCAAACCAGGAAAUGGCAGUUAAGCUUAACUUUCUAUUACAAUCAUACCUCAGGUUGAAGUUGCUUCAGGUUGAGUGUUUUUGGGUUGUGCUCCACAGCGACCUGGAAGUAACAGAACACGUUACUUCCGGGUUUCGCCGCUCACGCAUGCGCAGACGCUCAAAAUGACGUCACGCGCAUGCACAGAAGCGGCGAAUCGUGGCACGUGCACAUGCAGACGCGGGUUGCAUUCGCUUCAGGAUGUGAACGGGGCUCCGGAACAGAUCCCGUUCGUAUCCAGAGGUACCACUGUAUAACCAAAUCUGGAGUUUUGGUUUGGUCCUCCCAAACAAGCCACAAUUGCUAGCCAACCCGAAGCUAUGAUUUGUUGUUGACUUGCUUGUGGACUCUGUGGGAGAAAACAAAACACCAUUGUGGGUUUGACUGUAACAGGAAACCGGGGGAGAUUCAAACAGGAGUCACAAGGCAGCGUGCACCCAAUAAACCUCUGGCUCAUUGUGAUGUUUCAAAUCGGGCAUGCAGAACUUCGAAAUGAUAAGGAUGCGACAAUUAAAAGAACUUUCUCUUUAUUCUUUGAUUGCUAAAUGAUUGUCUGCAUCAGGGGCAGCCAACAUGGUGCCCUCCGGAUGUUGUUGGAUUCCAACUCCCAUCUGCCCCAACUAGCGGGAUGAUAGGAUUUGUGGUUCACCUUGGCUACUCUGGUGUAAGCGGAAAGGUCUUUAGCACUUCUAGAAAAUAUGGAGCCUAUAUUGGCUUUCUGGAGAAAGAUUCUUUCAAAGUAGCUGGGAGGCACUACUAAUAAAUUCUUCCCUUGAUAUCAUUGCUAGUCUAGUUUGCCACAUAGGUGACAUAUGAGGAGACUGCUUUGAGAUUGUAAAAGGAGGUAGGAAAAGAGCCAAUACCUAGAGUAACUGAAGCCUAAGCCAUUUGGCAAUAGUCUUCAGGAGCAUCUCAACACAAGGUGGAAUACCUCAGUCCAGUCUUGAGGUUGGACUCUUUAAGUAAAAGAGAAAGGCCACAGCCCCCUCACUAAACAGAAUCAAUAAUAUUGGUAAAAUACUCACGUUCUCACUAUGUAAGCCAGCUGCUGGUAUAUACUGUACUUAAUUUGUACCUAAUAUUGGGAUAUAGCUUCCAGAUGUACCUGUUAGAUAGGUGAAGUUUAAGGCUGACCUGAAUGUUCUCAUGUGAACUUAUUCCACUCAGAACAGAUAUUUGGAUAUGUGGUGCCAUCUAAAGCCAAAUCAGAGCAAGGGUUGUUCUUCCUGCUCUUCCUCUAGUGAGUUGUGGGUGAAAUAAAAAGAGAAAAUGGAGCCCAGCAGCACCGAGAAGCAUGACUGCUGCCACUGCCAGGACAGCUGGUAAAUGGAGUGAAUUUUGUAUGGCCCCCAGAAAAUGGUAUGUGUUUCAGCUCCCUAUGUAAAAUACUGUCUUUGUUUAAAUUCUGGGUUUAUAACAGCCCUUAUAACAGCUGUGUCUGAAUGUAAUACUGAGCCACAGUUUGGUGGGUCAUCAUUGGGCUCACAGGUUCUGCUUCCCCUCUUCCCCUUUGGUGCAUCAGUGAGAGGAGACCGGAAACUUUCACUUUCACUUACUCGUUUUAUCUCAACCAGGAAUUGUGGUUAGUGCUAAUUAUUGUUUAGGGUAGUCUUCCCUAACUUGGUGCCCUCCAGCUGGUUUUUGGGAGAAUCUGAUGGGAGUUGUAGUCUAAACCAGCUGGUGGAUACAAGUUGGAGAAGAAAUCUGUUUUAAGGAAACAAACGGGUAUCAGAAACCACAGUUUGAAAGUGGCUUGUUUUCUAGGGGCCUAAACUUUUUAGUAUAACUAAUCACAGUUUGUCCAGGUUGGACAUAUUGAGUAACAUCAUCUAGCUGAAAGUGAAGCAAUAGUUUCUUCCUUGUAACCAAAAUGGAGGAUGAAGGGGAAGGCAGGCUUGGCCCUGAAGAUUGUGUACAUAAUACCAAAUCAUUAUAUUAUGUGCAAAGCAAGGCCUAAGGUACACUCUACCAAAAUUGUUUUGUUUUGCCUGUUAAGUGCUGAAGAUUGACAACAAAGGAAAGUUAUUAAGUUCUAUAAAUAACAAUAUAUUCAAGCUGCAUUUCUGAAGGAUGUUUAUUGUUUCUGCUAAUAACUAUGUUAUAUUUGAAAGGCACAUUGCAGCUUUGCAGUAGAAGGUAUAAUAUUGUUGGAACUGUCACUGAGGAACAGCACUGAAAUUGUGAAAAGGAAUAAAAUGAUAGGUUUGUGUGGCACACUGGGGGGAAAAGCAGCUUAAAAUAAUAUGUUAAGAAAUGUAACUUUUGAAGUGAAGGUUUACGGCAUUUCCUAGGAGGGCUUUUCAUUUGCCAGGCCACAAGGAAGCUUGUUGUUCUUCCCGUUUGCUGCCUCAGUCUGCUUCUUCCUCAUAGAGUGACUUCUAUUUUCACCUGGCACCAAAGUUCAAAUGCCAGGCUUGUGGGCCUUUGGACUGGAGUUUAGGAAGAGACUAGUAAAGAGCAGGUUGAACCACGCACCAUAGAUAACAAAGGGCUCUGACAGGGUUAGCACUUGGAAGUUUUUGCUUGGGGAAGAUGAGCGCUGACCGAGUGCAUUUUCUAUUCCAUGUCUGUCUUAUUGGAACUGGGAAGAAAGGAUCUCUCCCAUUUGGGGAGUUUCGAGUGCGUUUGUGUUCCUCUGAAGCUUUCUGCUCCCUUCUAAUCUCUCGUUAGAAAGGGAAGGGGGCAAAGGGGCAUUGUUUAAUGUUGUUAGGAGCUCGUGACUCCAAAGAGCAGCAUUAGCUUAUAAUUAAUCACCUAAGCUGGCUUUUGGUAACAAGUCUUUACUGAAUAGAAGUUUCGAGCAACAAGAUGCUCUUAAGAGCUCGCACUCGGCUGCAGACAUUCCAGAGAUACUUUUUGCUCCCAAAGAGAUGGAUGGACAGACAUACGAAGGAACUUGUGAAAAGGCAAACCACGAACAGGUUUGGGGAAGCAAUUCCCACUGUUUGAGGUGGUUCAGGGGGAAGAACACAAGAUGGGAGUCCGUUGUCUUGUGUUGCAUUAAGUUUGUAAGAGAUGAGUAUUUUAAAAAAAUUACUCUGGGAUGGAUACAGAGCAUGCUGCUCCAAGAGAACUGGCAUGUCCCCAGAGCUGGGUAGCUGGCUCAAGUGCCUCUAGCCUAAAGCUGAGAAAAGCCCUGUGGAGGAUUUGCUUAUUUUUAGCAAGAAAAGAACAACAGUCCCCUCAUCAACUCACUCGCAACCACUUAACAGCACUCUUUUUCAGGGUUGCUUAUCAGUUCUGUUGUAACUCCCCUAAGCUAUCCAGUUGACACACCUUCCCCGUCUGGUUGCUUAUCUCACCUUUGCUUGCAUCUCCGUUAAGUGUUCAUGAAAGUGACCUUCAAGGCAAGGUGGCCAGAAGGUAGGAGUUGACCUGCCACCAAAGCCAGAAAGGUAACACUGUGGAACAGUCAUGCCUGACACAAAUGGCUUGAGGGAGCAGCAGCCAACAUCAGGAUCUCUCCCAAUGCACACAGAACUCUUUGGAGGCAGCAUGCCUCUUUCUUCUAAGGAUAUGUAUUGUAAUCAUAUCAUUCCCCCUGUCCCUACAAAUGAUUUUUCUCACUGAACCUUUCAUAAGCUUUCUGUUCAUAUCAACACAUUUUUAAAAAUGUGUGUAUGCUGAAUUUAGUCAGUCAUUUUUGUUUCCAACCAUAGCAUCACAAAGCAAGGCUCCAUUAUUGCUGUAUAAAUUUAUUUGUUUGUUUCAUUUAUACCCCACCUUCCCUCCUCCCCCAAGGAGCUCAAAGUAAGGUGUGCAUGGUUCUCUCCUUCCCCAUUUUAUCCUUGCAACAACCUUGUGAGGCAGGUUAGGCUGAGAGACUUGCUACUGGCCCAAAGUUACCCAGCGAGUUUCAUGGCUGAGCAGGGAUUUCAUGGCCAAGCAUUCCAACAUACUAAAUACUGCACUACAUGGAUGUAACGGUUACAUAAUUAGGGGAUAUUAUGUCCCUUUGGGCAGGAUUUACAUAACAAACCCCUUCAGUGGAAGCCCUGCACAAGGGCUUCUUCUUGCACUAUGGGGCUUUCCCUUUUCCUCCCCUCACGACCCCCCAAACUGGCCUAAGGGGUUCAGAAGAGCCCCUAGAAGGGGUGAGGGGAGGGUGGAAAUUGUUCCAUCUGGCAAGCUGAUAUGCUUGUGCAGACAAGACGUCAUAAUAACGUGAUGUUGAAUUCUGCCCAUUGAGUUUAGUUCUGCUCGCAUUUUUCUACAGCUUUUCCUCCAUUGAGGUUAAUGUACAAACAUCUGUAUUAAACACUGAAUUGACCCCUGGGUCAGAUGUAACUGCUCGGCUAAAAAAAAGUUUCCUGGAAGAACACUGUUGAUGACUAGCAGAUAAGGGCUUUCACUUUACCUCCCCAAAUUACAACAUUUCAGACUCUUUCUGAUUAUUUAAUGGUUUACUUAAAAAGACUUAUUUUGUCCUUUUAGGUCCAACUCAUUUUGGGACGGGGACUUGUCUAUUUGCCCUAUUUGCCACAGCAUCCUAGACACUGAAGACAUGCAUAAAUAACAGCAGUAUGCUGUAUGUUAUGAUACUUCAGAUUUGGAUGAUUUGAUGCCUACUAUAAUAUUUAUGCACUUUAUAAACAUGUAACUAAGAAUAUAAAUAAAAGAAACUUUAUUAUUUAAAAUAUUCCAGUCCAUAGAGCUGUUACUUGCUACAGUUUUUUUUCAUACGUAAUGAAAACUUUUAAGACACAAAUACAAUGCCAUAUUGUUCUAGUCCCCAUAUGAAAUGAUUUCAUCAUUUAUUUUCCCCAGACUUAAGCAUGGAUGUCUUUGGUGAACAUUAUACCAACAAAUACAUAAUCUCACAACCAUCUUGUGAGUUGGCAGUUUCUUUAGUUCAUUACCAGCUGGAUUUUAGUUAUAUUUUGGGGUCCAGCAGUUUUGCUGGUACAGUGGUACCUCGGUUUAAGAACAGCCCUGUUGCAAACUAUUCGGUUUACGAACUCCACAAAACCGGAAGUAGUGUCCCGGUUUGCGAACUUUACCUCAGUCUAAGAACAGAAACUGAAUGGUGAAAGGGCACCGGCGGCAGGAGGCCUCAUUAGGGAAAGUGUGCCUCAGUUUAAGAACGGUUUCAGUUUAAGAAUGGACUUCCGGAAUGGAUUAAGUUCGUAAACCAAGGUACCACUGUAUUUCAUCAAAGGCUUAAAGUUCCCAAUUUUGCAUAUGUGUAGUAAGUUUCCGUUUGCUAUUAGUUGAGUAUUUAUGGCCUUCUCUCUAGAAGGGCUGGAGACUUGCUCCUUUUUCUAAAUGAAAGCUCUGAGUCUGGGGACACUGAUAGGCUUGCGCUGUAACUCCUAAGAAUCAGGUGAUCUUCACCCAAGAAUUCCAACUGUACUGAAAGGGAUAAGUGGAUACCGUAUUCUUCCAUGUAUAAGACUAGGUUUUCUCCCUAAAAAAUAAUUUCAAAAAUUAGGGGGCGUCUCCCCCCUUUUCUUAAAUCUGUCCCCCCAAAUAGGAGGCGUCUUAUACAUGGGGGCAUCUUAUAGACGGAAAAAUACGGUACUUAUAGACAGUGAUGAACUGUUGCUGAUACAAUAGGCAUUGACAAGAGUGCUGUACAGUAGUAGACUAUCCCAUGUGAUUUCUCUCUGGUGUGGUAAAUCAAAGGUUGUAUGCUUUAUUAUGAAAUUGUGUCUCUGACCUACCUUUUCUCAGUUUGUAUGACCAAGGGAAAAAAGUGCCUCUAAUUUUUCUCCCCCCUUCAACCCACCCACCAACCCUUUUGGCAAAAUUCCUCACUGGAUUUAUUUCUGCUGAUUUGCUUGUCUUGGUAUGAAAGGGAUUUUCGCAGGGUAAAAUUCUGAUAGGUUGAAGCCCCCUGUUUUCCUCCCCUCCUUUCCCCCUUUUUCUUUUUGGUUGGUUGGUUGACUAACCUUUACCCAGAAUGCUGUUAAGGGGUGGAGAGUGAGAGAUGCCUUUGACUGUGUGUGUGCGCUUGUCUGGUGAGCGAGGGACUUCUCAUUCUAAUCUAAUGUGAUUGAGCCAUUCAGGAAAAGGUUGUCUCUUCAUUAUCUGAGCUGUGGGCGAAGGACUCCCUCCCUUUUUCUUGAUAAUGCCUUUGGCACUUAGGAAUUGUGCACAAAGCUUCAGACUCGUGGAGAAACAGAUAAAGCGGGAGGUUUAUUUUUAUCAACAAACCCAAUCCAUUUUUCAGUGCAAGAGAAGAGAAAGAGGGAAAUUCCUGGAAGAAAGGAAAAGAAAGUCCAGUCAUUCUCUAAACAAGACAGGAUACACCAUACAUUUAAAGCUUAUAUCACCCCACACAAAAGAAUCCUGGAAGCUGCAAGGGGGCUGGGAAUUGUAGCUCUAUGAGGGUAAACUACAGUUCCCAGAAUUCUUGUGGUGGGGUAUGAUGGGUAUGCAGCUGAAAAGGGAUAUGGUAGUGGAGUAAUGGGGAAGAGCUGAUAGUCUGUUCCAAAGAGGCACAGCAAGAAAAGUGGUGCUGAUGGGAAAUACUGUGUUCUGUAGAUGAAAAACUGGUAGGACCAAGGCUUUUGUAAUAGCAUUUGAACCCAGCUGUGGCAUGGGGAUGGUGUAGUGAGCUGCCCGAGUGCUGCCUCCCACAGGCAAACCAGACAGGUAACUUCACAGCAGGCAUGCAAACAUUUCCCCUCAUAAAGCAAAUAGCAGCUUGGGAGGAGGGCAAUUUUCAUUGGGAAGAUUGAGGGGACAGUUAACCCCCCUUUCCCAGCAGCAUAGUCCCAAUCUAUUGACCCCUUGCUAUUUUCAAAAGAGAUGGGAGAUUUGAUGAAGGAUAUCCAUAGUCUCGUCUAGUUUGGUCUUCAGGGUCACAGGCAAUAAGUAUAACUGGAAUUUUCUCUCUCUCCUCAGUAAAUGCAAUGGUUCUUAUUAAGACUAUUAAUCUCUAGGAAGAAACAAUUUUUUUUACCAGGACCAAAUGACAACUAAGUAAUCCUAACAGUUUGUGACCCUUUCUAGAGACAAGCCAGUUGUUAUGGUCUAUGCCUAUUCAUUCAUUUACUGCUCCCCCUCCCCUUACUGGGGUUGUUCUUUUGGUUAUGUACCGGUAUGUUUACCCAAGUUGUUUAUUGUAUGUAUUAGACACUUUCAUUUUAAAUUACUCUUCAUUGUUCUGUGCAUGAGUUUUGGACUUGGGCUCCUUUCCUCUGCACAAACACAAGGACAAAUUCGAAAACUUUUGCUUCCAUUCAUUUCUAGAUAUCCAUGGUUUAAAAGAAUAUCUGAGCCCUAAAUUGUGAUUAAUCUUAAUUAUGUUUCACAGAAACAGGACAGCUUCAUAAACCAAGGUUUGAAGUUGCCUUGCUCCAGUAAACUAUAGUUAAGACUAACCAUAGUUUGUCCACUAUGUUUAAGACUAAACUGAGGAUACAGCCACAUUGGAGGAAGAAAGGGGAGGGAGAGAGACAGUAGACUGAGUCUCAGCCAGGUCUGUUCGUAAAGUGUUACACCCAGGUCACUCUGUCUAAAUUAUCAUUACAGUACUGCUGUUCGUUCAUUAAAGUAACAUUGACUAAAAUGUCUUCUAUGAUAUGGGUGAUUCUGAAAUACUAUAAAAGUUCAAAAAUAAUACUUUUUUUAUUAUCCCCUUCCUAAACAAUUGUUCCUCUAAUUUGACUCAAAUCCCUUAGCCAUUUCUGAGCCCUACUGAAUAAAAUGGUUCCUCCAUCCAUCUUUUGUGCCCUCUACUUCUGGUGUCCAUUCUUCCGUUGUCCAUCUCUUGGCCUCCAGCUGAUGUUUCUGGAACAAUACCCCAUUCUUCAGAUCUGAAUCUGAUGCUACUUCCUCCUUCAAAUAUCCAUUUUAAAGCCAAUUCAGUUCCUUGACUUAAGCCAGCGUUUUUGUUCUGGGGAAUUUCCAUCAUCAGAGCUCUGUCUGGCCCUGAGGGAACAGUGGCACUUUGUCUGAAUUUUGCUAAUAGCUUUCCCUGUGCAACCUGUUUUUGUUUCAGGUCAUGAUAUUAAUGGAGCACUGGAACCAUCAAACAUUGACACCAGCAUCCUGGAAGAAUAUAUUGGCAAGGAAGACUCUCCAGAUAUGUAAGUGCGUUCUUUUGCACCUAUGUUCCUAAUAAACAGUGGUGGUUGCACGAUGCCGUGAGGGUGACCAUGGUGGCUGCAUGGUGUGAUCAUAUUUCCUUUGCUAUCUGUCUUCCACACAACUGUGCUCAGCUGUCUAUCCCUACCACGUCCACAGUUCUUCCUAAAUCUUUUUUUUUUAUUCUUCUUUUCUUGAGAGCCAUUGGUUAAGUUUUUGAUUCCAGACACCUGAGCUCAGUUGUGCUCAGAUAUUCCAAAGGAAUAUCUUUGGGGUUGCUAUUACCAGACUUUGCUAUAUAGGAAACAGUCAAAAGGAAAAGGAAAUAGAUAACUUUAGUACAAAUAGAAGGUUGUAGGGGAUUUAAGUCUGACUGUCACGCAAGAGAGAACCCGACAGGAGUUUACAUUUUGGGCUAAGAGGUGCUGCAUUGGUUAUAUGUCUUCUGUGUGCUGCAUUGGAUGGCACUUAGUGGCAAAGGGCCAGCAGCCAGAAGAUCACAUCUUGUUGACCAAGUAUAAGCUUGGUGAGUAUUUGAAAGGAGAUUUUCAGAAGAAUAUCCAAAGCGUGUGCAUGAUUCUUUCUUGAUCUCAUUGUGGAACAAAUGCCAGAGAACAGUGCUGAUGCCUGUUGCCACACACACAUGCACCAACAGGAUGUCAUAAAUGUGGUUGUAAUCUCCACUUUCAAGUUAGCCAUCACAUUUCUAUUUCUAUUCCGUAUCAUGGAUCAAAUGGCAUUAUAUGUUUUCAGACAUUCUGUGGUGGGGUUUUUUGUUCUUUCAGUGGAGAAUUAAUGAUGUAAUGAGCCAACAUCAUUCAGUGUAUAGCUAUUGAGUCACCCUGUAUAGCUGCAGAUUGAAAAGUGCAAUAUGCACAUGUUACUCAGGUUGUUUUAACUUCUCUCCUACAGUUCCGAUUUGGACUCCAUCUCUGAAAUCCCAGCCUCUGCUGGCUACCCUCAUGCCCAACCUUCCAGCUCUGCCAGUGUCGGUGUAUCUGUCUCCAAUGCUGGCCAUGCUUCUAAUGCUGCGUCUAGUGGUCCCCUCCAUCAUGGCCUUCCAAGCACCCAAGUACCUAUCCGGCACAGUGUCCACCAUGGCCCCCCUGGCAGCCAAGUUCCAAUCCGGCAUGGCGCCCCAUUGCCCAGUCCAUGUGGACCCAGCUACAGUACUCACCUCAACUGCAAUAACAACAAUGGCAUGGUGAUGCCCAAGGGGUACCUCAGCAGCCACUGCCUGACCAACAUUGCCCCUCCAAUCAAAUCAGAGCUGAAGGCCUCCUACGCACCUGGGUAAGUGAUGCUGAGUAAAGGAGGAGGUGGUGGGGUGGUGGGAGGGUGCAGUUCUAGGGCCUGAGAGUGGUAAGUUGUAUCUGAAUGAUUCUGCUAAUUCUCUUAUGACACUAUGUCCAUGGCAGUCUAAAUCGAAGAACAAUGGUGUGUUGUAAGAAGGAAACCUUCAUCCAUAGGAACUGGGUUUCUGGAGGAGAGCUGGCAAAACCUCCUAGGCUCACGGAAUGAUCAACUAAAAGAGCCAGGACUUGAGUGACUUUGGGAGGAGAGGAAUGAGCUGAAAUGUUGGCACAUGAAUGGUAAAAAUUAGAAAGCUAAAACCACAUUUUAGAUUUUGAAGCACCAAUAGAUAAUUUAUAUAGAGUUAAGUACGGUGGUAUUCAGAUUAUUGUUGGUUAUGGUUUUCACUGAUGGAACUUAAUUGGACGCUUCAUGGAUAUUUACAAUGGUUACAAACAAGGCCAGUUGUCUGUGCAGCCUGCAGGUGAAAAUAGGAAGGCUUAGAAGUUGCAGGACGUGGAUUCUAGGCAUUUUUGGGGGAAAUGAACAGGCUGCAGUAUUGAAUGUACCCUUGCUAUCUUUCCAGGGAAAAAGUAUGUGCCUGUCAGGAAACUAUUUCAAAGGGAUGUCUGACCAAAACUCUAUUUUAUGGCACCAAAACAAGUGGUCCCAGGGAGUGCCCUAGAUAUCAUUUUUAUUAGGCUUGAAGAGCAUGGAGUCUAAACCAAAUUUCUAUUUCCUUACAAUUGACACUGGAUAUAGCCUUUCAGAGGAAAAUGAUAAAUAUCAGUUAGGUGAAUUUAGGGAGAUGAUGUGUUUCCCCUGUUCUGCCAAGGUGAAUCAUGACUGAAUGGGAGAAGGACAUUCAUUGGAUCAAGAAGAAUGGAAUAGUGGCAGGAGCUCAUUGCUAUGGGAGUUUGUGAAAGUGAUGCUUUUGUGGAAGGGACUUACUGGGGCAAACAGGAAAUAGAUAAUGGAGGAGGAGGAACUGAGCUUUGGUGGACAGAAAUCUGGAUUUCUUGCUAAAGCUGUCUUACAUGUGCAUACCCAGUCAGUUAUGUCCUGGCUCACUGUGGCCUGUGAGCUUCUCAGACGUUCCGUUAGUAACACAGUGCUCAUGAACCUUUUGACUCGCUGAGGAGGAAGGGCCAGUUACAGACUAUUGACAGCCACUGCAGUUGUUGUGAGGGAAGCAGAAGAUCAGUUCGGCUGGUGGGGGUGGGAACUUCGCAUGAUGAUUAAGGACUAGAUGGGCUGUAAAUGGGAGGUAGGGGGCUAGGGGAAGGUAAGUCAACCUGAACUUCACAGGCAGAUUUGAAGUACAUGUCCAAUUUUUUGGUGUAUGUCCUAUAGGUAUGAAUGUCAAUCUCAGAGUUGGGAGAGAGGGAUGAACAGAGUUGGGAGAGAGGGAGAGCACUUUGGGGAUGAAUGAAAAACCGAUUUAUGAGUCCUCAUUUCACAGGCAGGUCUUGUUUUCUCACCAUUUGGAGUUACUCUUGCUGCUGUAUUGGGGCCAAAGAAUGUGCUGAGUGCAUCAAAUAUCUAAUGUUAAGAUAUGUCUGAAUAACUAGCACUCUGUGCCUUCAGCCCGGAGACUGGUUCUUCAUAAGCUAGCAGAAAGUGGAGGAUCACAGAGGAUGAUCUGAUGCUGUGAUGCCUCAAUGAAGCAAAUUAUUGGUUUGCAUGCAGCCUUCCACUUCUGAAUGGUUCUAAUACACUUGCAACCACCGUCAUUCCAAUAAGCGUGUGGGGGUUUUUUGUUUUUGUUUUUUGCUGUAUACUACCUGUGGGGAGAUGCAGGAAUAGAAUCAGAGUUUUUGUUAUCCACUUGAGGCACAGGUUAAUGUAGAAUUAAAUCUUUACUCUGGAAUCCCAGUUAAGAUCCCUAAAGCUUGUCUGAACAUUAGCUAAAGGUAUUACAUGCUGAGAACCUUGGGGAAGCAUCUAGUUUGUUUGUUCAUUUGUUUCAAAGCCUUAGACCAACAGGAUCAAAUAAUAAUGUGCUGCUUUGUUUUUCAGCCUAGCAGUUGAAAAUGUAUUUUCACAGUCUGCUAGGAAUGGCACCUCUGAUGUUCCCUUUCUUGAAUUCUUUGUGCACACUUCUGCAGAAAUGUUUUCCUUACUGGUCUCAGAGGAAGAACUCAUGAAUAUCGUACCGAAGCACUUUUUCAAUAGAAAUAGAAAUUGGGGGGAAAUGAAGGCUUAACAUAUAAAACAAGUAAAUAUAAAUAAGCACAUUUUCUGUGUAAUAUUUAUAUGUUUUUGUAUCUAUCCUUUACCAUUUUUUUAAAAAAAGAUAAAAAUAAAAGCUACCCUGUCCUUAUAAAUACUAUCCAGCACUGCUAGCCUACAAUAGAAUCCCAUCCAGAUGUUAGUACUCCUUGAUUCAUCUCCCUCCUUUUACCACAGCAAUUGGGGUCCCUUUGCUCUGAAUGUUACUUGGAAAAUUUUCCUUUUUUCCUUCCCAUGCAAGAUCCUUUUUCUUCUGCCAAGCUUUCUGAUCAGUUCUCUGGAUCAAAGAUUGCAAAACAAGCAGUGCUCCUCUGUGGAUGCACCCUGCCAGGUGGGCUCACUCCGUGGAUUGGCCCGGCCUGGCUGUGCUGUGAAGGAUAUAUGCAACCACUUCUGUAGAUAUUUGGCUAGGAAACUGAAAAGGUACAGGGCAGGAGAAUCUAAUGGACAGACAAGAAGAGAAAGUUAUUCAAAGCAAGUCUACUGGGGCCUUGAAAAGAGCAAAUAAAUCUGUCAAGUUUGCCCUCCAGAAGGUGCACAUCUCACUUAGAGCUGGGUCACAACAAGAAGAAUUUCAAAUGAGGCUGUGCCAUAGGAAAUCCACUGACCUAAAAUUAAGGUCAAGGCUAGCUAACUGGCCAGAACACAAGUGUGGGGAUCAGGAGAAAGAGGUGAGAGUCACAGAAGAUACCUGUGUCUUAAUGCAGAGGUGGGGAACCCGAGGGCCACCUUCCCCUGUGGACAGCAUUCCUGGGGCCUCAUACCAGUGGUGAGCAGGGCUAGGUGCAAAAGCUGUCACAGCAACGGAUGUGAAUCUUACCCUUGUAUAGUAAGUUACAUUCCAAACAUGCAAAGGCAGAGGUGUUGUGUGACCUGGGAAGACUCCUGAGGGCUCAGUUCAGAAGCCUGGACAUUUAGCCCCCUGAGCCUGAGGUUCCAUAGCUUGGCUGUAAGGAACUGAGGCACGAGGAGCUUCGUGACAUAACGUGCUAUUUUGAGAACCAAAGAAGGGGUGUGCUGUGUGCUUCCUCUGACUUCCAUAGCUCUACUAGUCAUGGCUACUAAUUAGUGAGGAGAGGCAACUAUCCUGCUCAUUGUGUGCAGUUGGGCUAAGCUGGUGGUUGGAGGAAGCUAGGUGGGACCUUGGCAAAGUUACCAGUGUGUUCCUUGCCAUAUUUUUUUGCUGAGAAGAUCAUCUUCAUCUCCAGUUUGUUGUUGGAGUUCUCAUCAGAAAUAGCACAGGUUGGUGUCAUGGGGGAUGGCUGCCUUUGCUAGGUGUGCUGGCGAUGGAGCACAGAGCCAUCUCUCUCCUCUUUGUUCCUAAACCCCUUGUGGAAUACAUUUGUGCCUAAGCCACCUCUCAACUGAAUACACAGCAGUUUGAGCAGUUUGCCUGUGAAGUGCUCCACUUUCUGAAAUAUUUCUUUUUGCCAAAUUUUCCAAUUAUUUUUCUUUCCUUGAUCAUUCAAUCCUGUACGCUCUCUUCUCGUUUUGAAUCCAACAGCAUGGCCAUCUAAUUCUCCCCAUUUCUUCAGCAACCCUUGUCUCUCUUUGCUGGUGUAUCUCCUUCCUAUUCCUUUCCUGGACUACAGCUCCUGCUAUCCCUGGCCAUUGGUCAUGCUGCCUGGGGUUGAUGGAAUUCCAACAACAUCUGGCAACACUACGUUCUUCUCUCAGUCCACAGUGUAAAAAAUGUGUAACUAUAAUUUUCCUAGCUCAAAUGUUGAGGCAUGACCUGACCUCUCAGAAUGUUACACAUAUCCAUACUCACCCACUUAUUUUAACAGCCUUGCUUAAAGUCUGCUAUUUUUUUAUUGGUCCCACAUCAGAAAUGUAAUGGGUUUUAUUAUGCUACUAAAGGUUUAGUUCUGUUUUUUUCAUCCAUAUUUUGUUCCUUUUUUCACCAAAUCAAUUUUCAUUUAUUCUCAAUUGUUGCUGACAGUGUAUCAGUUCAUUACUAUUCCAGGCUCUGAAGACCUUCAUAGCCUUCUUUCUUAUUUUUUACUUCUAUUCCCCUUUCUCCUAGGUGUGUACACUUGGAGCCAUAGUACUCCUCCAUUCCUUUUCCAUCUUCAUCCAGCCUGUUGCUAAUUCUUUUUUCUGAAACUGCCAAGAACAGUUCUUCUGUUUCUAGCGCUUAAAAAAAAAUGCUUAUCCAUGCCCUGGUUCUCUCUUCUCUUGACAAUCGAAGUUUCUCUUUGUUAAGAUUUUGUUCCUCUCUAGUCAAGUCAGAAUAGCUUUUUAAAAGCUCUUCUGUUAUUUUUUGACACUUGCUGCAUCACACCAGCAGCAAUAGGCCAUCUGAGGUCUCCAUACAUUUCCUGGCUGCUUUCUGUCACUUUUUCAAAAAGCAAGCAGGGAAAUGUAUAACUGAAAGCAACUCUUGGCUAACAGGGUAAUGCAUUCUCCAUAGUCUAUUUAUCCCUUGCCCUCUUUACUCAUGUUGCCAACAAAGCAUGCGCUUUAUGUGGACUGCAGUGAUACUAACACUUCUUUAAGACAAACAAACCAGCUUAAUAGCUGAGGCUACCAACUGACAAUUUAGACGUUGCUACUUGUGCGAGUUUAAUAAUCUGAGUAGUAUUGGAAAGGUCUGUCAUGAGCUAGUCUUCACAGAAGUAGUCCGAUUAAUAGCACAGGUGAGGAUGUCAGUGUUGUCCUGAAGUGACUUUCCAUUAACUCACUUGGUUUCAUUAGACUUCAACAUCCAUUCCCUCCCUUCCCCAUUUCAGUCUCAUCUUGCUGGCUUUUGUGUUUACUUGACCUUGCCAGUCAGCACAAUCGCAGUCUCCAUCAGCUACUGGUAGGUGUGUUUGGAGACUGGAUCUCAGUUUAAGAACCAGUAGGGAAGUUUUCAAGGCUCUCUUCUUGUAGUUGCAGGUGCUAGGGAUGAAAUUUAUUUGAAAGGGAAAGAAGUGUACUGUAGCUCUUAAUUUUGAAGGGGGUGGAGUUGGGGGCUGAAGAGUGGAUGAUAGUUGUUGUCGACUCACUCUCGUUUUGAAUCCUCUGUUGGAAACAUACCGAAGAAAAACCCAGUUUGAGCUAAGUACCUAAAGACCCCUGAGAUUUGUUACUUGUUUGUUACUCAGCAAAGCACUGUGCAUAUUAAUGGCACUCUGUAAGUCGUCUUCUUCUUUGGUGAUCACUCGUAGCCGAGUAAGAUUGUCUUCCAUAAACACGAUUUUAACAAUGUGUCUGUAAGUGACUGUGGAGGCCAAUUCUGGAUCCACACGUCCUUCCACAGUGGGGACAUUGGUUUCCAGGCAGGAGUUGAUCAAGGUGUGGAUUUGCCAAGCGUGACUUCCUCUUAGCAUGUUUCUCCCUUGCGUCCUGAGUUCAAGUGUCUUCAAAGCUCAUGACACCUUUGGUAAAGGCUGUUCUCCGAUUGGAGCGCUCGCAGGCAAGUGUUUCCCAAUUGUUGGUGUUUAUACCACAUGCUACACAGGAAGUUAGCAAAAUGGGACUCAUCCAAUGUAAAAGACUAAAAAGGAGAACUAAUUUCAGUAUCUUGAGGAUUAUUGCACUUCUUAAUCAAUUCCCAGUGGAUUAAGUAUAGUUUAUUCAUUGUUGUCCCAUUUCUUGUAGAAAAGUCCCUGGGGAAUGCCUGUUUUUGCUGAAAUGUGUCAGACAAUAGUAAAAAGUGCCUUAUUCUCUGACGGAAAGCUAACCAGCAACAAAAACUCUAAACUCAGAAUUCUUUCUUGUUGUUAAAUAGAAUGUUUUGGUUUACUUUGCAGUGGCUGUGGCCAGACCCUUUUCUCUUGCCUGCUUCUGGCUAGCUUUGUCAAUUUCAGUCCAGGGGCUCCACAUGUAGCCUCAGGUAUACAGUGGUGCCUCGCAAGACGAAAUUAAUUCGUUCUGCGAGUUUUUUCGUCUUGCGAUUUUUUUCGUCUUGCGAAGCACGGUUUCCCAAAGUCUUCAAAAUCACCAAAGUCUUCAAAAACCUCAAAAAAGGCUACCACACCGCGUGCUAUGAGUUGCUCCUCGAAGUCACCCUGGGUAUUAACGGUUUUAAGAAAAAGGAAACAAACUUGCAAGACGUUUUCGUUUUUUUCGUCUUGCGAAGCAAGCCCAUAGGGAAAUUCGUCUUGCGAAGCAACUCAAAAAACGAAAAACUCUUUCGUCUUGCGCGUUUUUCGUCUUGAGAGGCAUUCGUCUUGCGAGGUACCACUGUACUUGAUGACGGGAUAAUCUGGCCCUUAAACUCAUGGCUUUUUCUUCGGAUGGGUCAGUUUUUGUAACAGAGCCAGAUUCCCCAAAAGCCUCUUCUGCAUCUGUUAAUGAUCUUUUUCUGGGGAACAGAUACAUUUCUGUUUUGGCUUCUUUUAGCUGAGCAAGAGCUGCUGAGCGAAGAGAGGAGUCUUAUUAGGAGAUCAACAAAAUGGCCAUGAAAUUAGAUGCCUAUGAAUAAAAUCAAAGGGCUCACUGUGGGAAUAGCAUAGGCUGGGUGUGAAAUAAUACGAGUUUAAACAGUCCCAAACUAUUUAAUCGGGAGGUGCUGUAGUGAGUAGUUAAGGGGGUUAGACAUGGGGGGGGGCUUCCUGGCACUUUGGGGAGUGGCCAGUGGUUGGGUCUUUCGCUGGAGGGAGAAUUUGUGCAGGAAGACCUGUCUGUAGGAGGUCACAUUGACUGACUUCAGUCUCAGGAGGAUUUGUAUUGGCAAACAAUUCCAGAAAAAUGCACGUCAAGUCCAUUGUUAAUCUCUACCAGCUGAGGGUGCUGCAGGCAGUGGGGUUAUCCGUGGAAUUGUUGCUUCUCCCUAAGGUUUGACGGAUAUUUUGCAUUCUUUCACCUUAUCAAUUUCUCAAGACUCUUGUUUGACCUUUCCCUCUAUUUUUUUCUCCAUUGCUCUUCAGCACUUUACCCGACUCUCCCCCGGACUCUGGAUCAGAGGCAUACUCCCCCCAGCAGGUGAAUGGUAAGUGCUCAGAUUCAAGCCCAAACACACCGGCGUCCCCCCCUUCUUUGGUUGGCAAAAGUGGUUGGCUCUGAAAUCUUUAUCGGACAGGGGAAAAACAGACUGCUGCAAUACGUGAAGAGAUUAUCAGUUAGUAAAUAUUCCUAGACUUAUGCCUAUUGUUUUCCUGCUACCCUUUGGAAAGAGUGGGGGAGGAGGGGAGGAGCAGGAGCACAAAGAGGUGUGUGGGGAGAGGAAGAUGUAAAUCUACCUUUUGAAAGAGGAAAAUGGGGAAACUGUUGACUUCUGCCUAGUGAAGAAGUGAAAAUGGAGUGUUUGAGCCUUGUUUUGUGGAUGGCGGUGCUGUCAGAUGUUGACUUCCGGAGAAUUAUGUAAAAACAAGCCUAUUCCAGUAAUGAAGACCAAAGCAAGGAAAUUGCCAUGAGCUUGCUAUUAGACGGUAAGUGCGCUCUGAGCCUCCUGCCACCUUUUUCCUAGCUCCGAUUGGUACAGGGAGACUCUCCUCUGUUUCCUGUGUCAGGCAGAGAAAUCUUAGAUACACGAUGGAGGCUGGGUCUGUGUUGUCCUCCCCCCCCCCCCCGGCCACUUGUUAAGCAAAGUCAGUCUUUCUCUGCCCUUCUCCAAGCUUUAUAUAAGUUAAGAGAGGGAAGUGGGAGGGUAGAAUCUUUCUCCACUACCUACAUUUGCCAUCCCACAAUGAGAUUCCUCUCAGGAGAUUUAGAUUCAUACGCCGGAGAAUUAGCAGCAGAGGGAGAAGAAUUGGGUGGAGUAUACGUUGGUGUGUUGACGGGAAUUUUCUGAUGUUUCCCCACUGGCCCCUUCUUUUAAAACCUCAGCCCUGUUCAUAGUGGAAGCAGCUACUUCUCCUUUCUCCAUGGAAGAGGUCAAGAGUUCUGUUUAUCUCACUACAAAAAUCCCUGGAAUUCCUCCUGGCCCUUCUUUAAAUAUAGCGAAGAGGCCAGAUUACUUGCCACAGAGUGAACUGCUUUCCCUCACCAUCAAGGUAGCAGAAGAGGGAGUCUGAACGGUUUCAUCCUGCUCUCAUCAUCCUGGAGAGGGGAAUAGGUAGAACCUCAGGCGUUGUAGGGGGCAGGAUCUGAGUGAGUCCUGGUGCAUAUGCAGAGUGCCAAUAUAUAUAUAUAUUCUUGCCUCUGCGGUCUCAUAGUUUUCAAAAAAUCCUCCAUUGUUUCAAGGUGUGUUUGGAAGCCAAGUCAGCCUUUUACAAGUGGAAGAUAAGAUAUGGCUUUCAAGAACAUAUUUUUCCACAACUUGCUUGCAUAUUCACUCUGCCAUAACAGUUGCCCCAGCCAGUUUUUAACCUGUGAAUGUCAAACAUUUGAUACUGGCUUCUGUAGUCUCACCAAAGCAAAAUGCAAAGCCUGACAUUUUUCAAAAAUGAAAAUUAUAUUAGUUUGUAGUCUAGUUCAUUGACCAAUGGUGGCCGUCAACACAACUUGUAGUACUGAGUUCUAUAAGAUAAUUUUGUGUUUGUGUGAAGUUCCAUUCCAUUUUACUAUAACUUUUAUAGAUUUAAGAGCAGUUUGAUCCUGGCUUCAGCUGAGAUACAAAGGAGAGCUAAUUUAAAAAGCUACCCCUAUACCCUGACAAACCAGAGCCCUACAUUCUUAACUUUAAAUCAGGCUUCAAAGUUAAGUAAACUUCUGUUUUGUUGUACUAAGGAGGGAUGUGAACUUGUCAAGGGCUUUCGUGAAUGCCCUACAGCCUGUUCCUAGAUAUGUAAAAUCUUUGCAUGUACUGUAGGCUUCCAUGCCACCCUUUCUGCAUAAAAUCAAUAAAAGCCCAGCAAGGAGAGUUUGCCGUGGUCUUGACUUUAAACCCCCCCCCACAUGUGAUUUAAUUUGUGUGUAUUAUUAAAAACAGUAAUUUCCCCCAAAGUCACUGAAAUGUCUUCUGCACAAGAAGGUUUUGAAAUGAAACAGGUAUUUCAUAACUCAUUUUGGAAACAUGUUUAUAUUUCAAACAUAUAAAAGCUGGGAGACAGGCCAUAAAUAAGCUUCCAUUCCAUCUGUAAUUCUGUCUUUGGUGGUGUACGUUUCACCAGCAUUCUUUGUGCCUUUUUUAUUUAAAAAAAAAUUAUUUACAGUAUUUUUUUUUUAAGUAAUCAUUGCUCUGGUGUGUGAGCAGUGACUUUGUGAUUGGCUCCUGAGGCAGCCAGUCAGCACUCUGUGCAGAUGGACUCCACUAUAAAUGGGGAGAACUGGCUGCUCCUGACCUCAGUUCUCUGAGGAAAGUUGCAUUCCUUACCUAAAAGGGGUAGGUGGAGAUCCAUGGUGGGCUCACCCCUCAAAAUAGGUCUAUAUUUGUACUCAAAGUUGGCUGACUGCUGGGCACACUGAACAGCAGCACCAAUCUUUUCAGAAUGUAUAUGUAAAGAGUAUGGGUUGCUCGUGCGUAAGUUGCCGCCUCUCCUGGCUUUGUUGCCUUGUUAAACCUUUCAGUCUGGACAGCCCUUCACUUUGUUGCUGCCUCAGUCGCUAGCAGAAUCCGUCAGUGCGCGUUUCUUAAACCUUUUCCAACAUAAAAGUUGUUUGACACCCAGUCUCCUCCUACUCUCUCUGCGCGGAAGUCUUCUGCGCAGGGAGGGCGUGGGUAGCGGAGGACCCGUGCUCUCCCCGCUGGUGUCCGGUGAAGAGUCUGGGAGCCCUCUCACCGAUUCCCCCAUCUUCCCCUCUUUAUUCCUGGUGUUGCGCUGAAUUGCUUCCCCAUCUGCUGAGCUGCCUCUCUCCCUGCUGGGCCCUUCUCCAGCAUCAUUUGAGAGCCUUCCCUCCGCCUCUAGCUCCGAUGUCAGUUACCUGACAGUAUAUAUUCUCCACUCAUUUCUAACUACCUUUAGUGAUGAUAUUUCUGUAUGAAUAAGUGAUGAAAUGUAACAGAAAAGCUGUUGGUAAAUAAUGGUGGAAAGGUUUUGUCCUUGUGUGGCUUUGAGCAACAGUUGUUGUUAAAUUAAGCCAGAUUUAUUCUCGUAACUCAACAAUUCUGACUCUACUGCCCCAUUAAUGCUUUUAACUGCAUGGAUAUAUAACCUCUUUAUUUUUAACUCCAUGGACUGGUGUAAUCUGAGGUCAUGUUAUUGCUCCUUUCAAGACCAUAGAGCAUAUAUUUCUGCAAUGUGUUGAUGCCCUUUGACAUUCCCAUGGAGCGAGGGUGCCAUGCUAUCUUGCUGUGGGGGAGAAAACUGCCUUCUGAUAAGGGAAAGCCUGACUUCUCCCUGUGGAGAGACAAAGCAGGAGAGAAACCUUCUAGUACUCCCAGCAAGGAGGGUCCCUGAAUCAGGACUGGUUUGGGAGCCAUUCUGCUUUGAAUGUGUGCCUGCUGAGGGUGGAAACUGACGUAACUCUAAGGUGGAUGUUCUGCCAGGGCAAGGAUUUUUGCUUGGGCAAGGGAACAGUCUCUCCCUUUCUUCCCUUGGUACGUCCCUAAAUCUGUUCUAGGACCAGGUUUGGGAAGGCUGCAGGGUACGUAGAGCUGGGUGGGGAAAUGUCCCCUUGCACAAGCAGAAAUCCUUGCACUGACAGGACGUGCUAGUAGAACAGCACCCUGAGACUUUUAAGAACUUUGCCAGCUAGUUGUAUAAGAAUCUCUUUGUCCUACCUCCACACAAUAACAGUGGUACUAUGAGAAGCCUGAAGAACAGGCAAACUUCUGAGUAUGUAAAGGAAAAAGCAUUUGAAGGCUCACCUUUCAACGUGGCGAAUGUCCCAACAAGAUUAUUGUGCCUGAUGUGAGCCUGGAAAUAUAUAUCAUGAAAUAGAGAGAACAUACAGAGCAUCCGCUUCCCUUCACCUCUCAUUUAUAAUAUACCAGACUAGUCACAUAACAGCUUUUUGUUUGUGUUUGGCACUCAGUAUCAUAAAAUUUCUUAAAUGAAUUUACCUGCUUGCUGAAGAAGAGCCUUUAUGCAUGGAGAUUCAGAUUUUUAUCAUUUGGACUUUUAGGAGGGCAGGAAGUCAUUCUCCUGUAUUUGCUAGAUUACUCAUUUGUUUCUGUUUGCAGUGCUGCCCUUUGGUUAUAUAUUUAGCAAUUAAUCCUUUUUUAAAAAUUUGAUCUUAGUAAUUUUAAAUGAGUUGAAAUUUCAAGAUAUGCAUUUAAAGUGUCAAAGGUUUGCCCAUCAUUCCAGCUCACUAGAAGAGAGUUUAUUUCUCACUAUACAAUGAAAUAGAAGUGAGGCUGCCUGCAUGUUUUACCAUGUAUCUCCCAAGUAAAAUGGCUCGAGAUGUAGUAUUGUGUCAGUGAGUGCUGAAAAUGUAAGGAAAUGGGCUGGAAUAUCCCCCUAAGGCCACCCACGUCUGCGGCCUUAUACUGUAUUCAUUCAGAACACACAGCUGGAAUGGCUGCCCAAGGCUAGAGGAAUGUUCAAACAGACUGGGAUGUUUUUCUGUAGCAUAAUCUGGCUAUACGUGUGGCACAAAUUAAUCUACUGACUUUCUGUCUUUUUAGAUCCUCACCUCCUUCGAACCAUGACUCCUGAGAAUAUGUGUCAUAUAACUCCCCCUUCCCGCCUGGAGCACCCACCCCCUCCUCCACCGCCACCCCCUCCACCAUCCCACCUCCAAGGGCCGCCUCCACCACCACCACCACCGCCUCACCCACACCAGCAGCCGCACAGCCAUCACUAUCCCAGCAUGCAGCGGGACAUGUACAUGAAGGCUGAGUCUCUGAUGCCCCAGUUCACUAUUGGACAAGGCAUGUCACCUGGAGAUCUCCACCAUGCCCAGCAGUCACAGAUGCUUCACCAGCUACUGCAGCAGCAUGGAGCAGAGUAAGUCCUAGGGGAAACGGUGGACGAGAUAGGGAGGGAGUAGAAGCAUUACUUGAGCCCCCUGAGACUUGUUAUGAUCCUAGCAGACAUUUGUGGUUAGAGUGUUGGACAUGGGAGACCAAGGUUCAAAGGCCCACUCAGCCGUAGAGUUCACCGGGUGGCCUGGGUUAGCCACUUUCUCCUAUCCUACCCUGGAUCACAGGGUUGUUGUGAAAUUAAAAUUGGGAUGGGGAGAACCAAGUACAAAAUCUUGAGCUCCUUUUCAGCAGUAGCUUGAUAUAAAUGUAAUAAAUAUAACUAAAGUAAUUGAGAAAAGUGCAGAGUUUGCUAUUGAAUUACAUGUAUAGCAAGAGGCCCAAUAAUAGUCACAGGGACUAAUAUGGUAGGUCAGGGGCCUAUGAUGAUAUGCUGUUGAGGUGCAAUUGAAAAGCGUGAGCAGCAAAAUGAGAAUUGAGCCAAGUUCUCUUGGUGUUCUGAAAAAAUACAAAAGGCAAAGCUAUACGACAAGCAGAGCUUUGCCCUUUCUUCCACUGACGAUUCAUUCAAAUUGUGGUUUGUUAAGAUUGCUGAGUCUUCUGUUGGAAAUCUCAUGUGCCCCUUACAGGACUGUUUAUCAGGAGACGAGUGUGUGUGUGGCAACAAUUUUUUAAUUUGUUUUUAAACAAAUACAAGAACCAUUAAACACUUAUCCAGCAGUACAACUAAUGGUGUUUGUUUUAUCCAUUGACUCUAGACAUAAAAUUACACAUUCAACAUUUAAGCAUAUCAUUAAUAUCAUUACCUGUAUGCCACAACUGGGCAUAAUGGAGAGCAUAAUCCCAGCACUAAUGCAUCUAGAUCCAUGGGGGUGUGAUUUCAGAUUUAAUAGCUGGAGGCAAAGUCCCUGACAAGGUUUGAAAAUAUAUUCAGGAUUGAACUGCUUUUGUAAAAAGUGAUUUUAAAGAUUGUUUUUGUUUCUAUAAUGCAUAACAACUAUUGCAAUGGUAGUGACACACACACACACACACACACACACACACACACCCCUUUUAAAUUAAAGAGAUUAGUGCCUUCAGCAUGCAUACCAAGUACAUAAGCUCCUUUAAUUAUUUAUCACAUUUGUCAAUUGUGGCUGACCUAGAAAAAACACACAAAUGCGUGUAACAUGCCUCGAAUGGCUCACCUUACUUCAAGAGCAGGUUUGAGGAGGAAGAGUUUGGUAGAGACAGGGACUGAGGGAUUACUUAACCCUUCCCACACACUGCUUCUGCAAUCUGAACAUGCAUUUGGAACUAACUGUGGGAUGAGGGAAACAUGGUUGUGUGUGCGGGGCCAGUGGGGUGGGGUGGGGAAGCUGUUUUUUUCUGAAAAGGGGGCAUACAUAAAACUGUUGGUGGGGCUUAAAUCAUUAAAAUGCUUCUCCGUGCAAAACAAAUACCUGCACACUGAAAGCUAGCAUAUGGGAGAGACAUGUUCGCCUUCAGUAGUCAUUAUCCAGUUCAGACCUAAGAGCCACCUUUAGCCAAAAUGUGCAUUAUGAGAUCUAUUUAUUGAUUUUUACCAUAGAUGUGUACAAACAUUGCAAGGGGUUGGACUAGAUGACUAUACAAUUCUUUGAUUCUAUGAAUGGUAAUGUGUUGUUGGUGAGACAUGCCUAGGUCAGUCUGCAACCCAGUUGUGAGUUCCACUCACCAGGAAUAACUCACGGUGUUCUAGUUUUCUAUGUGCAGGGAUUAAAACAACAACAUUUGUAUGGAGGAGGGUGUGUCCAUGUGUCCAUACCUUUAUUCUCAAGUCUGGUACAACCUAGACACAGAUACACCCCCUCAGUCACCUAAGAAGAAACCUGCCAAUUGUCUCUUUCCCUCUUGGGUCAGGUGAGGACAGAGGGAGGGAAUGUACAGGUUUAGAAUAUGCCUCUAUUUCAGCACCACACAACAAUUUGUGAGCGACUCUUUGUAUACCUACAGAAUUAUGUGAGAGCUUGGCUGAUGCUCACCUCCUGUAUCCUCUGGAUUCCUCCCCCCCCCCCCAUAUAUAUGCAGUGGUACCUCGGGUUAGAUACGCUUCAGGUUACAUACGCUUCAGGUUACAGACUCUGCUAACCCAGAAAUAGUACCUCGGGUUAAGAACUUUGCUUCAGGAUGAGAACAGAAAUCAUGCUCUGGCGGCGCGGCGGCGGCAGGAGGCCCCAUUAGCUAAAAGUGGUGCUUCAGGUUAAGAACAGCUUCAGAUUAAGAACGGACUUCCGGAACGAAUUAAGUACUUAACCUGAGGUACCACUGUACAGUCAUACCUCUUGUUACAUUCGGUUCAGGUUACGUCUUUUCAGGUUGCGUCCCGCAGCGACCCAGAAGUACCAGAAAGGGUUACUUCUGGGUUUUGCCGUUCGCGCAUGUGCAGACGCGCAAAAUGACGUCACGCGCAUGCACAGAAGCGGUGAAUUGCGACCCGCGCAGACGCGGGUUGCCUUUCUUUCAGGUUGCAAAUGGGGCUCCGGAAUGGAUCCCGUUCACAACAGAGGUACCACUGUAUUUACAUUUUAAUGGGUUAUGUAAAGUUGGAAUGUUCUCACUGUCUCUUUUCUGUGUUUGGCCCCCACAGACUUCCAGUGCACCCUGCCAAGAAGAGGAAACACUCAGAGUCGCCCCCAAAUACUCUCAAUGCCCAGAUGCUUAAUGGGAUGAUAAAGCAGGAGCCAGGGACAGGGUCUGUGCCUCUCAACCCUGACAGAGCCCAAACACCUCCUUGGCAUCAGCAGGGGGCGCUCUCACCAGGUACAGUCUCCAGUAGUAUUGUCAGCAUCCAUAUGUUAUUUGUGUUCCAAAAGGGGAAGAGUUCUAUAGAGUGGGUGCAUGGGAGGAGAAAAUGAGGAAUGGGAGCCAUGAGGAAGAAAUGAGGAAGGUGUGAGCCAUGUGUCUCUAGGGAGAAUGUGCUGUUUCAUACCAAACAGAAUGUGUGGAGGCAGUUCCCCAAAGUUGAAAAGAGCAGAAAACGAAAAACAUUUUCCUUUCCUUGGUUACAAAAACCAAGAAAUGAAAAAGUCAUGGGAUGUUUUGCAUGGUGGGAAAGCCAUGGGGAGGUGGGGCGAGAAUGAAUAUUUCCCUUGUAGCAGGAGGGCUUAUUUGCAUGAGGUGUAAAUACGCAGUUUUGUAAAUACACAAUUUUACUAUUGCUGCAGGCCUGAUUCAAGACAAUGACAGCUUGAAUGGCUCCUACUUGGAUCCCAAUUACCAGUCUAUAAAAUGGCAGCCACAUCAACAGAACAAGUGGGCGACUUUGUAUGAUGCCAACUACAAGGAGCUGUGAGUAGAGAUGGUGCCUGUGUAAACUCCUCUGCAUCCUGGCUCAGAGAAAUGGAGCUGAUUUACCUUCAUAUUUGCUCAAGAGUAGCACUGCUCUUAUUAAAUCGCAAGGAGCUGGAGGCUGGUGUAUAUAGCAUGCAAGAAAAGCCUCGCAACUUUGAACCUUUUUAAAUUGCCACUUUACACCAUUUUAACAAUAGUAAAAUUUCAAUAUUGUUUAUAAAGCACUUACAAUUAUUAGGUGCUCUACAAAGUACAUUUAAAAGACAUUUUCUGUAGCCAUUGCUGUACAAUUGGAACAGAAAAACACAGAAAGGGAAAGAAAGAAAUGAGGAAGAUGUGACUAAUAAAACUGCAGCAAUCAGAAACAAGACAAUCAGUUGUGGAAGGCUAUCUUGAAUGGGUGUAUUAUCAACUGAUAAAAAAACAGAAAAGGCACACUAGCCUUUUUGCUCCUCCUUCAACACUGUUCGCUUGUUCAUUGAUUUCUGAAAUCUCAAUGACACUUCUCUCAAAUUAUUGCACCCCCCUCCUUUUACAAUUUCCUCAGGUGUCAUCCUGGUUUUUGUAGAAAUUGCUGGGUUUUAGUCAUUUUUAUACUUUCGGAAGCGUGGCAUGUAGUGAUAGCAUUUGCGCCUCUCCAUUACCUGGUCACUUUUUGACACUUGCCUUUUUAAAAAUGCUGUCCUAUUGUCUGUUUAGAGCAGGGGUUGUCAACCUGGUCCCUACUGCCCACUAGUGGGCAUUUCAGGAUUCUAGGUGGGUGGUAGGGGGUUCUACAGCACAAGCUGAAUCACUCCUACCAUCAAGCACUGGUGGGUGAUAAGGAAAUUCUUACCACCAAGAAAGAUGCAUUAGUGGGCGGUAGGUAUAGAGAGGUUGACUACCCCUGGUUUAGAGGGAAAGGGUAAGAGUGGUUUCCCCAGGAGCAGGCACUCAAGGGUUAGGGAGAGGGGAGUUAAGUUUCAUCAGCAAAGGUGACCCCUCUUAAGAAGGCAGUCCAUUUUGAUGCUUGUGCAGCAAAAUAAAAUAAUAUAUCUUUUGGCUUCUGGAAACACCCCGUGUGAAAAACGUCAAAGAAUUCUAACUGUAGAAGCCAAAACAAAGGGAUGAAAACAAACAAUGGGUGAGAAAAUGUAGGCUUGGGAAAUUGACUGAUAAUGGAGAGAGCAUAUACCUUUUUCAAACAGAUAAAUGAUAAGUUGAAAAGGAGUACACAGAGAAAGUAGCAAACAGGUUGGAGUACACUGGCAAAGCAAAGGCAAUCAGAAGUUUAAGGAAGGAACUAAUAACCAUGAUGCAUGCAUCAAAGAUGAAUAUGAAAGAAGCAUACAAAGUGGUGUGAUAUCUUUUAAUUGGUCUAAUAUCUGUUGGGGUUUAGUCUAGUCUAGACUACUAAAAGAUAAAGGCAGCAUCUCUUAGCUAGAGCCAUGUUAUGCUGAAUGAUGAUGGUCAGCAAGUGUAUACAUGGCGUUUUAUAGGCUAACAUAAGCAAAUUACCCAGGGGGGAAUCCUAUGUGGCACAAGCAGGUGCCCGCUCCUGCAGUGGGGCUUCUCCUUCCACCCCACCCCCUUUGCAGUCCAUCACACAGCCCCAAAAUCUAUACCAGAGGGUUGGAGAGAAAAUAAACUGGAAGUGGGCAGACAAAAUAAGAACAUAAAAACGUGGCCCAUCUAGUCUGGCGUCCUGUUCUCACAGUGGCCAACCAGAUGCCCAUGGGAAGCCAACAGGACACCAUUGGAUGCCACCCAUAAGCUCUUGCCUUGAGGAGCUUACAGUCUGAAUCUAGGUGAGAAUUGUAAUGGUGGAAAGUCAAUAAAGAGAGAGCAGGAGACACCGGUAACCAGGGGUGGCCAAUGCAUGCAAAUGUAGUUGCCUGUCUUCAUCAGAACAGCUCCACCAAUGUACAUUUUAGAUUACACAUCCCAAAAAGUGGGCUUGGAAUGAUUUCUGGGAAUGGUAGCAGGGCCCAGCUCUGUGGCCACAACAAUAACUUUUUCCACCUAUGUAUAGCUUGGUUUGACUGGGAGGAGAGGUGGGAUUCACAGAGGAAAUGUUGAAGAAGGAAUGUGCUAGAGAGAGGGACAGAGAUUGGAGGGGCAGGAACGUGGAUAGAGCGAAUGGUAAGAAAAGAGCAGCUAGAAGUGGCAUUGAAAAAGGGUUUGGCAGGGACACGGGGAAUGUAAUCAAGCAAAGAUUGUUAGACGCGGGAAGCAUCAGAGAUAGAGGAAACAAAAGUGACAGGGAUGGAGGGACUUUAAACAAGGUUGUUUUUAAUGGUUUUAAGAUGCCUUGGGCACUGAUUUUGAGCCCAAAGACAGUGUAGGAUAGCUCAGUUGGGAGAGCACGAGACUCUCAAUUUCAGGAUCAUGGGCAAAAGAUUCCUGCAUUGCAGGGGGUUGGGCUAGAUGACCUUUGUGCUCUCCUCCAAUUCUGUGAUUGUUAUAUGGAUAAGAGAGCCUUGAACAGCAUGAAUCGGAGAGCUCAGAGGCAGGAUAACUGUCAAACUCUUGGUGACCACCUAAGAUGUGCCUGGGAAGCUAUGGCAGCCACGUAAGGUGAGAGCAAGAAGCAAAUGAACGCAGCUUCCAGGGUGAAGGAGAGCCAAACGUUCAAGGGGUGGGGGAGAGAAACAGCUGCAGAUCCUCCCUGCAUUCCACAAAGGUGAUAGAGAACUGGCAAGCAGUCAGACAGAUUCCGGGAAUUGCCUACUCUCAAGAACGCCCCGCCCCUGGGUUUCUAUGCAGCCUGUAUCUCCUAUUUGGCCCCAUUUUGGGGAGAGAGGGAAGGGCCUUUCUUGUCUGUGGUACCAAAUAAAAUGAAAUGAUUAUCUGGCUUCAUGAGAGCAAUGUGGAGAGAAAGGGCCAGUGAUUUACAUUCAAGCCAGCUGUGGGAGGCUGCCCUUGCAUGGCCUAGGAUGCCCACGCACAGCAUCAUUGCUGAGGGCUGCCUUCUCAAGGUCUCGCAGAAGGUAAUUUAUCUGCGUUCCUUCCCUGUGCGUAUAUAAGGGGAGUAGGGAAAAAUAUAUAUUUAUUUAUUGCUCCAAAGGAACAUACAAAGAGGCCAAAGGCAUGUCUCGCCCAGUAUCCUUUUCCCCAUUGUGGUCUACCAGGAUAAGCGGUUAAGCAGGCUCUGAGAUGCAGAAGCAGAACAUGCUUCCUCUUGGAGGUAGUAUAUAUUAGCUGUCUUGGAGCAGCCACUGAUAGCCUUCUCUUUCGUGGAUUUUUCUAUUGCCUUUCUACAGCCUUCUAAAUUGGAGACCAUCACCACAACAUGUGGAAGCAAAUUCUGUAAUUUUAACUCUGCACCAAGUAAGGAAUCACUUUGGAUUGUGUCCUGAAUCUCAUACUCCAUUUGAGUUCCGGUAUAAUUUUGGCAGUGUGGGGAAGACAAGGUUGCACUGAAGGCCCCCAGCCUACAAGCUACCCAUGUGUGUUAUUGUAAUGCCUUUAUAUAAAUGCAUGGUGUAACUGUACAGCAUUUGGAAUACUAUGCAAAGUUCUGGUUGCCUCAUCUCCAAAAAAGCGAGAAGAAGGUGCAGAAAAGGGAAAUCCAGUUCGUUAAAGGAUGGAACCACUGCACUUAGAAAUAAUUUUUGAGGGGACAGGAUAGAGGUUUAUAAAUUACGUGUGGUGUGGAGAAAGCAGAGACAGAAGUUUCUCUCCCUCCCGCCCCCAUCACUAUAUUAUUCAUUGUUCUCACUUCGGCAUGACUUUAUUUUGCUGAAGGAAUUCUCUCUCAUUGCCUCCAGUCUAGCUGCUUCCUUGACAAGGCUCUUUAACCAUGGCGGCAUUCCUAGAGGAGGAUAACUAAAAAUGACUUGGCUUUCAACAUAGCCAUUUCCCAUUAACCUUCCAUGGGCUGCAGCACAUGUUCAGCAACAUCCCCUGUUCUCAGUGAGGUGAAAGCAAUAGUUUUUAUAAUAAUUAACUUGGGUAAUCUCUCCCUCAAUGAAAACCAUGUUGUACUUUUACAAACUAGAGGCGCCCAUCCUCCCUGUUGCAGCAGAAAUAAAUGCAGAAUAAAACAUUUUUUAAAUAAAAAAUAUACCUAUACUAAUCCUUGAAUUUCGCUGAGAAAAUAAGCGUUUGUGGCCCAAGUUUAUCUAAAUGGAGAAAAAUAGGUUGUGAAGCACUCAGACCACAUGAUUUGCACACUCUACAACUAGGUAGCUUUUCCUCACCAAUUCCCCCCUCCUUUUACAAUUCAGAUUUAAUAAUUUUAAUGAAAGAUACCAUUUUGAAAAAUUGCUUAGACUUUUGAAGGGGGCGUCACGCAUUUCAUGCCACAGUGAUUGUAAUAUUUAGGCACACUCUCCUCAUUUACAAGGUGGCUAGGAUGUGCUUUGGAAGAACAGGACAUUUUUUGGAGAUCCUGGCUUUAAGACAAAGUGGAAUAUAAUAUGUGAGAUGCCUCUCUUAUCUGUGGAAAAUGUAGUGCUAUCUGUUGCCAUGGGCAUAGACAUCUGCCUCGUAAAGAGGCCUCUGUGCAUACUGUUACCCUCCUGUGACAGGAGCAUGGCUCAUUGCGUUUCUGGGGGUGGCUAACUUUCUGCCCUUAUCUCCAGUUCUGAGUUGCUACUGUCCUCCCGCCCUUGCCUUUUCAUUUUUACCUCAUAACUCACACUCAUUUCUUCAUUAUCUGUCCUUGAAUUUCUCUGCAUUUUGACCCAAUACAUGUUUAAACAUUUGUACACGUUUUGUAAAAAGAAAGAUACGGGCUUUCAUUGGAACAGAUUGCGGCCCUUGAUUCGUGUUGGAUUUGCUGAGCCAUUUGUAAAGGGCUGGGUAGCGAAAGUGGUUUGAUUGAAUGGCGGAAGCUGCCAGUUUUGUUCUCUCAAGUUUCAGUGGUGAAUGGCUAGAGGCCCAGUACAAUUUCAGUGGCAAACAGAAACCAUGUCUAUUCUAGCUGAAGAGCCUGAGGUGGAAUGAUGUAGCUUAGAACUGAAGAGGAAUGACCGUGUGUCCACUUUUUUUGUGGGGGGGGGGAGUGGAAGGGGAAGAAUUUGGCUUUUGGAUAGGGCAGAAUGGCAAGCACUGUAGGAAGGAGGGAAUGGCACAAUGAAUCACCAAAAAUGUGAUGGAAAGGGGAGAGAGGGGGAGAGAAAUUCCUCUCAUACUUUCUGGCUAAGGUAGCUUACUCUGUGACCACCAUCUGGUUUUCGUUCAGGGCACAUCUCUGGCAGCUCAGGGUCCCCCCUGUUGCUAUGAGGAAGAAUUAAAUGGCUCUUUAUAGGACCUGCCAGGUUCGCUCAACCCAAGGGUGCUGACAGCAAACAGAGUUUAUCCAGUUGCUGCUGGCAUGUCUGUGGAGGAUUGUCGGCAUGUGCAUGGCCAGCUUUGGACCUCUGGAGGCCAAAGCAACUUACUGAAAUGUUCUUCUUGCCAUGGCCACACACAGAAUCCUGCACUGGAUUUUGAAAUUCCUGGCCAUCUUGGGUUCUUCUUGUCUAUCCCACUUGUUACUGUGGUUGUUUUGAGCUUUGACUCUUUCAACAGUUGCUAGCCCUUCCUAUUUUCCACAGUCCCUCCUUUUUCCUGUCACGAUCAAGCCCCUUGGUUCAAGUCUUCCCCUCUACAGCUUUCUGAAGCCUAAGGAGUUAAAGAUACCAGCACAUACUAUUUAUCUGUUAAAUAAGACUUCCCAACCCAAACAGACUACAACUCCCACUAGCCCUGGUCACCAUGGCAACGCUGGCUGGCGCUGAUGGGAGUUGUAGGCCAAAGCAUCCAGAGAUUAAGAAAGACUCUGUUGAAUUCUAGUGCUAACUGAGCCCUCAAAAACUCAUUGAAACUGUGCACCUUAGUGGCUAAAAAUAUAAAGUUUCAGUUUUUAUAGUAGGAAGUACAGACCCUCAGGAGCUCUGUGACUGACCAGCUUGAUAGGGAGCCUCUUCUUACACUUGGGCCUGUAAAGAAGUACUGUAUUUUGCGCCCCAUAGGACGCUCCGGCCCAUAGGACGCACCUAGUUUUUUGGGGGGGAAAUAAAGGAAAAAAAAUUUAUUUCCCCCCCAGGUGCGGGGCUGGAAGAACUAGGUCGGGGAACAGCGGGAAGGCGCGCUCUGCCUCCCCGCUGUCCCCCGAGCUUGUGGGGCUGGCGAUGGAGGGGGAAAAGUGCGUCCUAUAGGGCGAAAAAUACGGUAAGCCCAAAUGAAAUUAAUGGGAGUGUUUUCUUUCUCAAAUGAGAAAAAUCAAAUUUUAAGGGUGCAUUUCCUCCAACAAGUACUUAAAAUAUACCGUAGCUCAAUCAUGCCGGCCUGCUGAAUUCGACAGCAUUUAUUUGAUUUUAUUUGAUUUGCACCUAUUUGGUUGCAGUUUAUGUUCAUGUAUAUUGGUCCGUGAGGCAGAGAGGCCUUCCCCACAGAGCAAACCAGGCAUAUUGGGAGCUGUGUGUAUGCGUGCCUGUUGGCAAAGGCCACAUAUUUUCAGUGUUUCCAUGACAACUAGUCCAUUAAGGAGACAUAGAUUAAACCUCCCCAGCUGCUACAUAUGUUGCUUCUCCCUUCUUAUUUGACACUCUGAGCUGCUGCCGCUUUGUAUCCUGAGUACAUACACUUCAGUCAUUGGGGAGGAGAUGGGGGCGGGGGCGGAGAAAGAGUUUGGAAGGUGUAAGGAGCAACUUCAGGUAGCUCUGUUUUAAGACUUAUGGCAGUCCAGAAUGAACCUAGCCUUGCGCUAGGUUUCUCACGUGGAAAUGUCUUCAGUGGCAAUUUGGGUGGGUGGGUGGAAUCUAGUUGAGGUGGGAGAUUUCCAAGUCUCGGGAUGAUCAUAAAUUGCUUUACCAGCGCUAGCAAGCAAUGCCAACCUAAUCAGCUGUUAGUUGGCAGAUCUGUAGGAAAACCAAACAAAUCAAAGCAGAGCUGCUUGCUUCAUACUGUUUACUUUUCCCCCACCCACGGAGCAUUGCCAUUUCCCUUAGUUGAAGAAGGAACAAUGCUAACUGACAGUGGUAAUUUUAGGAUGAGAAGAGAACUUUUUGCCUGUUUGUAGCUGUCAAAUAUCCUUUGAUGUUUUCUCUGAAACUAUUAAGCUAGCAAAUCUGGGACUCACAUGUUGGGAUUAGCUUAUGUUGUCACAUCCUCACUUCAAACCUAGUUACAAAUUCCCCUACCCCAACAUACAACCUCAAAUCCAGGGUGGUGUGAUGGACAGAGUGGUGGAUGGACCAGAGAGAUCCAGAUUUACACACACACCCAUUUAGCCAUGCAACUCUAUAGGUGCUGUUGGGCCAGCCCACUAUCUCUCAACCUAUCCUACUUCAUUGUAUUGUUGUAGGGCAGGGGCAGGGAAUCUCAUGGGACCCUCCAGCAUCUCUGUUUGGCCUUCUGGAUUCUACCCAGGUUGUCUCUGAAAAUUGUCCCCUAUAAGCUGUUAUUUGCAUUGGGAGAGGAGCCCAAACAGUUUAGGGUGCUUUGAUAAACAACCCUGUAACCUAAACUUUUUCAGGAUAGGGCUGGGUAGGUUGGCUCAUGCUUCAAGAAUGCCUGCUGGUGAUGCCUUAUGUCCAAGCUGACAAAUUGUGUUAUGGGGGGGGAAGAGAUACAUGGUUACCUUCCAAAUGUUUAUCGUUUCCAGGCAAAUGUUAUGUUUGCAGAUGGCAGAAGAAGUAGCUUGUGCAAUUUGUGUCUGUAGGAGUGAGAGUAUCUGCAAGAAAAUAACUUGAUUGACAUUGAAUGUUCACAUCUUCUCCCUUUGUGACAGACCGAUGCCCACAUACCGGGUGGAUGCAGAUAAAGGCUUCAACUUCUCUGUGGGUGAUGACGCUUUUGUGUGCCAGAAGAAGAAUCACUUCCAGGUCACGGUCUAUAUUGGUAUGAUUGGAGAUCCUAAGUAUGUCAAGACCCCCGAAGGCUUGAAGCCGCUUGAAUGCUUCUAUCUGAAACUGCACGGAGUAAAGGUAAUUGUGAAGAUGGGAAUAUGCAAUGGUUAAAGAGGUGGAGCACAACCUCUGUUGAUACCAGCAAUUAUGUGACUUAUCAUAUCUAUGAAAAACUUAGUGUAUUUACUGCGCAGGUGGCUGUGUAUGUGACUUGUCAGGCCGUGUGUUUGUGCAGUCUUAGCUCCAAGCCAUCUUACAGCCUGAGUGGUUGCAGUGGGAGCUGACGCUUUCAAAACUGGAGGUUUGAUAACAUCAGUCUUUUGUAAUCCUUCAGUGGUUCAAGAGUUCCUCAAGGCAGAUAACCCCACACUCAAUUAAUUUUGAGUGUGCAAAAUGUAUUUAUCCCAGGACACCUUACAAUGCAAUUAAAACAAAAACAUGAAAAUAGAAUAUACAAUCGCUAAAUUCAAUAAGCAGAAAAUCUAAUCAAAUAACUACUAAAACAGCAGAGUUAAAACUUCAUAUUCAGUGUUUAAAAUGUAGCAUCCUUCCAAUAUGCCACUGGAUCUGAAUUUAAGCAAAGGAGCACUCCCUCUGCAUGCAAGUAGAAUAAUAGUGACUCCAUUACUAAAUUUGUGUGGUUAUUUUCAUAUUGGGAUGCAGCAAAUAACCCUUUUUACUUGCUCCUCUCCUACCUCUCCCAGGCUUAACAGCUGGAGAAGAGGGAAUGCAGAGCAGUACACAUACUGAGUGCCAGUCACCAGGAUGUCAAAUAAUCUAUCUGCAGUGUUUCAAAAUAAAGAGGUGGCUGCUUGUGGGAAUACAUGAGCCUGGAAACACAUCAUAUUGUGCUCUCUAAAACGAGCCUGGUUCUUUUCUUUUCAGUUGGAGGCCUUGAACCAGUCCAUCAACAUAGAGCAGUCGCAGUCUGACCGCAGCAAACGGCCCUUCAACCCUGUCAUGUGAGUACUGCUUCCAUUUGUGGGCCCACCUCCAAACCCUCACGUCUAACACAUGCACACACCUUUGUGUGAGCAGUCCAGAGAAGAUUAGGCACUAAAAAGGGUAGCUUGGACAUGGCGGCUCCUGCGCAUUAAUCUGACUUCUGCUGGUGCAUCGUAACUGGAAGAGGCUCUUCUUCCUACAGGCGGUGUUGCCUCUUGCACUACCUCUCCUUUCUGAGUGUGCUGCCACCUGAAUGCACCUGAAGCUUCCCACCCAGGCAGUGCCUCAUUGAAAUGGGUGGGGAUUUAAGUGCUUAGCUCUGUUCUCGUGCCACUGAUUUCCCUGGAAGUUUAGGUGCGCUUAGACACUUCGCCUGAAUGCAGAUUUCCUCCCCACCAUGCAUCCCUUGCGUCCUCAAUUUUACACACUUUGGUUGGUCCCAUCCAGGUAAAAGAAUAUGCUUUAUCUUUGACACAUGCAGAACGUCAUUUAUUCUUUUUUUAAAUUUUCCUUUUUUCCAGGGUCAAUUUGCCUCCGGAGCAGGUUACAAAGGUCACUGUGGGACGGUUGCACUUCAGUGAGACAACAGCCAAUAACAUGAGGAAGAAGGGCAAGCCCAAUCCCGAUCAGAGGUAGGGGCUGUGUGCUACCUGUCUCCUCCCCUCCCCAAAAAAAUAUGUAAUUAAAGUUAACUAACUAACUAACUAACUAACUAAUAAAUGUGUGUGCUGCCCUGCAAUGUGAACAUUAUUACAUUAAUAAAAUAGCAGAAUAAAAAAUGGUGGGUAAAACUUGCUGCAAAAUAUUAUCACCAUUGAAAGUCCUUUAUUUAUAUAGUUAUAUGUAUAAUUUCAUAAAAAAAUCAAAGCAAUUUACAACACCUUUAAUACUAGGGUUGCCAUAUUUUAAAGUGAAAAUCCGGACACGGCUAUGUCCGGGAAAUUCUGGACAUAUGGCAACCCUAUAUAAUACACGCAAAAAUUAAAACAGACCACCAGCUGAUUAUGUUUUUCUUAAUUCUAUGCAUAAGUCUUUCUAGAUCCUGAAAGAUUAUCUUUGCACUGUGCCUGCGUGGUUUAGAUGCUGCAUAUGCUGAACAAAAGAAGUGUAUAGGCCAUCAUUUAUUUUAGCUGCUAGGCCUCAAAUUAUUUCUUUUUUUUUUUUAACAGAAGAAAGGCAAUGAAUGUAAUAUUGUUGUUGGAAUGCAAUACAUCAGAUUAAGUAUGUAAUUAAUUUAUAAUAUGUUUAUUUUUUACUGAUUUUUUUUAAAAAAUAAAUUGUCGUCAUGUCAAGUUAUGAUUAGGAGUGCAUUAAAUCCUGCAUUUAUCUUCAACCCUCUUUGUUUUGUUUUCAGGUACUUCAUGCUGGUUGUGGCCUUGCAAGCUCAUGCCCAGAGCCAGAACUACACUCUGGCUGCUCACAUCUCCGAGCGCAUCAUUGUUAGAGUAAGUCCCUCUUUUCUCCCUUUCCCUUGCAGGACAUUGUUCUCCUAACUCUGAGCACCUACAGCUCUUGACUUGACUUGAUGGGGAAUUCUUGACACUGGUACCAAACUGUCCCUGAUUCCACAGCACCCCUUGCUGCUGCCCCUUUUCCAUCUGCAGACCCCACUAUCCAACUCCUCCCUGGCUUUCUGCAUCCUCAUUUUCUCCUUUCCACAAAUAAGGCCUUUGCAAACACCAAGUAAGAGAGAUCACUUGCUUCAUGGUUCCCAAUAAGGAGAUAUGGGCAGGAUUGGAAGGUUUAUUGCUGAAAAUGGUGCCCAGGGGCCAUGGAAUGUAAGACAGCUCUUGCACCCUCUGCAAUAGAAAGAGGAAGCCAAGGUUGCAAGUAGGAAUGGUGCAACAAGAUACCAGCCCUGCAGUCAUAUCAUUGAUUGUGCUGUUCUGCUGCCUGGAUGCCACCAUUAAGCUUGCAUACCAGCAUGCAGCCCUGCUCCAAGGCACAGGGCAAGUCAUAUGGCUCAGAUGUUAAACCAACUCACAAUAUUGCACUUGUGCGGACACAUGCUUAAAAGUUCAUGGGAAGGGGAUUUGGGGAGCACAUGAGGAUGACUUAUAGGAAAGUCACAUCUAAUUUCACCUAGGUGGGCACAAGGAACUCUUCCCCAUGUCUCCACCAGACAUUGCUUUGGGCCCCAAUGCGUCAGUUCUGAAACUGAUGCUCUCAAAUGGGUUCAGCUAGUUGGAUGUCUGAGUAAGCAUCUUAAAUAGUCUGGCUUCUUGGAAUUUAAGAAGCAUGAUCUAGGGGGAAGGGCAUAUGAAGAAGUCAUGGGUGGCUCCUGUGCUUUCAGAGAGCCUUUUGCAAACAAGGAGGACACUAGGCUGUGACUUUGUGGUUGGCUGUCUCCGCCCUGCUGCCUUUUUAAGUGCUGUGUCCAUUUCCUCUAGCAAAGGGCCGGUUCGGGGUUAAAACACAAACAGAGGGCGGACGGGGACCCCGGAGUCUGCAGACAAGUAAGUAGCAUGCUGAACUAUGCAGUCUCCGGGGUGGAGUUGGGGGGCUCUUUUGUAGAAUGGGAUGAGAGAUGCUUCUGCCCCGAGCAGAGCUUGCCCCAGUCUUGUCAGUGAGGCUAAGGAUCUGUCUGCACUAGCACAAGAAAUGUGGUUUGGUUGCACAUCAGAUGCACAGCUGACUCAUUUAAUCCACAGUGAAAAUGGUGUGAGCACCAGAGUGCUUGUGGAACAUGUCAGAAGCUGUGUCACAUCCAUGGCUGCUUCUCUGUAAACCUGACAAUUUUAUUAUGACACCUUUUAUAUCUUUCCUCUACAUGUGAUAUAAUAGUACUUACGCAGCACCACCCAUUGCAGGAUUUCAUAAGCAAAAAAAAAAAAAAAAAAAAGGCACAGUCUUGAGAAGCUUUAGUCUAAACAUUGGCAGGUGAGAAGGCAGUGUUGUAAGAGGUGGAUUAGGAAUGCAUGUGAGCAAAUGCAGUUAGCUUUUGUUUCAGCUGGGGAUCUUAAACCAAGGGCUUCGUGAAAAAGGUGGGUUUUAAGGUGGGAUCUGAAGGAUGAGAAAGUGCAUCCUGCAGCUGCUUGCUUGCCUGGGCUAAGAGGACUGAUUGGAACACUGAUGCAGUGUAAUAGAUUCAUGAAACCAGGACUAUUUGGAUCUGCCCAAAGAACAGAGCAGCAAAUUUUCAGCAGGACAGAUCACAUUAAAACAGUUGUGAGGGUACUUAGAAUAAGGCUCAUAACACAUGUAAUCGCAAAAGAGGAAUAACGGGAAACAAACUCCAUUUAGUAUUACUUUUUAGACAUAUAACCAGAACUGUGUUAGUGUGUACUUUUUUUAGCUCUGAACUUUUGCAAAUGGUAAAUUUGCAUAGAAUUAAAUAUUUUGAUAGUCAUGGAGAAGUGCAAAGGCCUCUGAGGGACACUGAAGCCCUUGCCACUAGAAGCCCUACAGAAGCUUCUCCUUGGAUUUGGAAAUUUCACCAGACAGUGCCUGGUGAAGCCCAUGAGAGGUAGGAGCUUGGGCGGGAGGAGAAAGAGACCUCCUGAGAAUCUUGAGAUGCUGGAAUCUGCUUCCAUUGUGUGUUCUGUGCAAAUGUACAAAAGCAAAUGUUUUUAUUAAAAAACCUUGGCUUUUUGUGCCGAAUACACACAGUGCUGCUUAUCACCUGCCCAGUCCACAGAGGCUUGGCCAAACGGCAGCAUGACUACAAUGGAUUUUUGUGAACUUUCACGCAGAGGUGAUGGUUAAAUAGGAAAGUGCUAUGUCAGAUAACACUCCCAUUGAGCACAAGGAGUGAAAUUAUACUUCUGUACCUAGCUGGUUAAAAUUCCUCAUUCCUGUGACUGUGCUUCUCCCAUUUUCUAAACUUUCUGAACUCUGGAUAGCAUCACAGUGACUGUCUCUCCUCUUAUUCAGAUGUCCAUAAUGCCAUGAAUUUUGAGGAGAACAUGGGAGGGAAAGGGGGUCAGAGUUUGAGAAUAACUAAACCCCCAGGUUCAGCUUUGGAACAGACUUGCAUUGUGAAAGUGCAGCUCUGAACUGCAUGAAAUAGUGAUAAAGAUGGAUGCAUAGGAGUGUUUGCAGAGGGGUGUUUGUGUAAAGCACGAACAACGAGCAGAAUGAAUCAGAUAGGAACAUUGGUGCCUAGAAAGAGUUACAUGAAAUUAGCUGCUGAAGCCCAAUUGUAUCAGAUGCAAAACUGUGUUUCUGUGCAAUUUUUAUUGACCCAGCAUGCACAUAAUACCGAGCCAAAUUGUGAUUUAGCAUGAACGUGUGUUCCCAGGGAGGAUAUUGUUGCUGCUGUGCUCCUUCUCCAGUCCUGCUGCUGCUGCACUGCUCUCUUUUCAGCCAUGGUUUGGUUAAGCCCUUGUCAGGAGCUGGACUCGUAGUUUGUCUCCUCAGACAAUAUGCUAAGCAGGCAGGAGCAAGGGCAGUGGAGGAGCAAAGCACUUAGGAUCUCCUCUCCAGGAAUCCGCACAUUUGCAGUAAGCUGUGGUUUGGCUUGGCAUCACAUGGAAACCUGAGCCAUUGAGCCCCUACAUCAAAUAGUUCUGCUUCCUGGACUUGACCCAUGUGCAAAAGGUCCUUUUCCUGAGAAGCCACAAUCUGCCCUUACUACAUUUGGGAAUAGGGGCCAGGGGUUUCCAGACCAGGCAAGCUUAAGCCCCAGAAACAUAUUGAGAAAAUAAGCACCAUCUGAGAUGUUUGAUCCUCCUGUUCUCUCCUGUCACUCUUGUGCUGGCUUUGCCAAUUAGCUCAUCACACAUUUAUCAUCACCAUCACAACCCUCAUGCAAGCCACCCUGUCACUUCCUUCACAAUCCCUUGGGGAUUUGUUUUGCAAUGGUGAUGCUUUGCCUCAUAGCUAGAAUUCCCACACACCCCUCCUGCUGAGAGAGAAAAGCUUGCAACUUUAUCUUUAUCCGUUGUGGGCUGGAAAAGGGCAUUUAUCUCAGCAGGUCUGUAAACACACACUGACUCAGAACCAAGGCUCCUUCUGCUUAGCUUGCAAAGUGAACCAGACAGCCUUCCUCAAGCUGUAAACAACUUACUGUUGUGCAUUUUGUCUAACUAGGCUGCAAAGUAAGUUUUCUUGGAGGCUGUGUUGCUGUCUCCAAACAUGGACAAAAAGCAGUGUGUUCUUAUCCAUGCUGAUGGUCAUAAAACUUGAAAAAAUGAAACUGGAAUUCCCAAAAUACUCUGCAAACCAACUUGCAUUUCAUCUGCCUGCAAAAAUGUGCACUGAGUUGCCUAUAAGGUGUAGUGUGCAAAAUACUUGCAGAGGUGUUGGGCUGCUAAACACUGUGGAGGGCCCUUAUCAAAGACUUGCCACUCUGCAUGAUUUCAAUUGCUCUGGUGGUUUGUUAUUCUGUGCCUGGCUGACUCAUUUGCUUAUUUCUCUUGCCCAGCUUCAAUAUUGGUUGGUGGGCAACAUUUUUGUUUUCAAUGAUUCAGAUCAGUUAACUUGCGCAAAAGAAUUUCCCCCUGCAUUUAGGAAGAGGGGAGGCGACUGUUCUGCAUUGGUCUUAUUCUAAAAACAGCAGUUUUUUCUCCCCAAUAACUUUGUUUCUCUCUACAGUUCUGUGUUGUUGACAUUAAUGUCCUAUGGGCAUCUCUGCCCUCUUUUCUUUUCUUUUUGCAGGCCUCUAACCCAGGCCAAUUUGAGAGUGACAGCGAUGUACUCUGGCAACGUGCUCAGCUCCCCGACACCGUCUUUCACCACGGCAGAGUUGGCAUCAACACAGACCGCCCAGAUGAAGCCUUGGUCGUCCAUGGCAACGUAAAAGUCAUGGGCUCCCUUAUGCACCCAUCAGACAUCCGAGUAAAAGACGACAUCCAGGAAGUAAGAGCUUGGCCCAGCAUGCCUUAGUCAGUAGGAUCUCUGCUUAGGAAAUGCAGUCCAAGGUCAUGAUUGUGGGUCUUAUGGUUUCAGGUGGAUACCACAGAACAGCUGAAGAGAAUCUCCCGUAUGCGACUGGUGCACUAUAACUACAAGCCAGAGUUUGCUGCCACCGUAGGCCUGGAGAACACAUCAGAGACAGGUACAGUCCUCUCACUGACCCCGAGCUUCAUCCUUGCACCUCUGUUGUUCAGGAGUUUUAAUGCUAGCAAAAGUGUCAACAUUCACUUUCACCCAAAUCAGGAUAUCCACGAUUUAACAUAUACCCACUGUUGGCCUGUACUUGGGACCUUCAUAAUAGUGUUUCCUGUCUUUCUGCGAAACACCCCUUAGGCAUACUAAAUUGUAUGUAUACGGUAUGUGUCAUCUGAUCAUUGGUUCUGAUGUUACAAAUAUAUGACACUCUACUUCGAGGUCACAGUUAGUGAAAGUCCCCAGUAUUGCAGGGCUUGGGGGAAAUGCUUUGGUCUUUCGCAGUCAUUGUCAUUCAUAGAAUCAUAGAAUUGUAGAAUCAGUCUUCACUAAGGGAGGCUGCAGGGAGGUUUUCUGCAGCAGACAAAUAAAGCAGCCUUCCCCAACCUAGCGCCCUCCAGAUGUUUUGAGCUACAACUCCAACCAUCUCCAGCCAGUGUGGCCAUGAUGGGUACGACUGAUGGGAGCUGUAGUGAAAAAAUCUGACAGCUGCCAGGUUAGCAGAGGCUGACAUAAAGUGUGGGCCGCAUCCUCCUGCCUGGGAACACAUAUUUGCUUUAUAAAUUGUGAAGCUACCCUUAGUUACUUGCUUAUUUCUACCCUCUCAUAGGCUACAUUUGAGUUGUUUUCUCCUGCAGCAUAUUUUAUACAUACAGUAUAUAGCUGGAGGUAUGUGCAUCACAGAGUCCCCUACCAGCAUUGGUCUAAACUCCCUCAUACCUGAUCCUAGCAGGUGCCUCUGGGAUUCUAAGGUUGCAUUUAUAUUUUGUGGCCCAGAGCCACUGUGAUGCAUGCUUCCCAUUUCUGUUCAGGUGUCAUUGCUCAGGAGGUGAGGGAGAUUCUCCCAGAAGCAGUGAAAGAUACUGGGGACAUGGUCUUUACCAGUGGGAGGACUGUAGAGAACUUCCUAGUGGUGAAUAAGGUGAGUGGAGCCCUUAGAAGAGGAGGCAAGCAACAAACAGAAAACAAGUUUGAUAGGAAUGACAGACUCUUCGGGCAUCAUUCCCCACUCUAUAUAUUUUUAGCAAAACCAAAGCCAAAGCUGAAAUUGGGGGGGGGGGGGAGAGAAAGAGAUUGAGAGAUAUUUGUUCAGGGUUUUCAGGCCACUCUGGAAGAAAAAUUUGAAGCUGGGGAGCAAGGACUGAAAAUGCUUCUUUCCUUGCCCUCAAAGACCCAGACCCUCGGGCACACAGAGCAGUCCCAGAAGGCAGCCCUCUGAUGACCAUUCUGGUGGGAGACACAGGGGGGUGUUAAGUAUCCAGGGGCAAAGUCUAAGGCAGAAAUCCUAUGUAGGUUUUCUUGGGAGGAAACUCCAUUGAAAACACUGGCAUUCUUUUCUGAGGAAACAUGCAUAAAAUUGGUCUGUUAACUCGGUGAUAAGUAGAUUAUAGGCAUCAAAGAGCAAUCUUUCUGAGAUGGAGGUGCUCUUGCCUUUGCAUGGAAGGAGCGGGGUGGAGGCGGCAGGAGUUGGGGGGGGUGCGGUUUGAGGUUAGGGAAUGAUUGUACUUCACCAAAAACUAAGGACAUAAUGUGAGGACCUGAGCACACCCAAAGAGAGUGUUUAUUUUGUCCAUGCUAGGAGCGCAUUUUCAUGGAAAAUGUAGGGGCUGUGAAAGAGCUUUGCAAACUGACUGAUAACCUGGAGACCCGGAUUGAUGAACUGGAGAGAUGGAGUCAUAAACUCGCCAAACUCAAGCGACUGGACAGUAUGAAAUCAACUGUUAGCUCUGGAGCAUUCAGGUACCACAGAGACCUGUGUAAAAAAAAAAAAAGCAAAGAGAGGGGAGUAAAUUUAAUAUUCUAACGUCUUUUCAGUAUUUUCAACAAUACAGCUCUGAGUAAAUGGGUUGGUACGCAGGCUGCAAUGAUAUACACACUUUUAGGAAUAAAUUAUGUUCAGCACAGUUGAACAUCUGAGUAAGUAAGCAUAGGAAUGCAUUGGUAGAAAAGCAAAAAGAACUUUGACGUAUGCUCAGAUACGUACUCAAGCUAAAAAACUUGUUCCUCCACUGACGCCUCUUCUACCACACUCAUAACGGGAGGGCAAAUAUUGUGAUCCCUUCUCCUGCCUCUUAUGGUGCCAGAAGAAGUAUUCAGUUCAGGCCUCUGAACAGAGAGUGUCCCAGUGAUUCAGAAGACUCUGUCUACUUAGUCCUCUCCCACAGGAAUAAGAUCUUCAGCUAGAGCAAGCAUCUAUACUCUCUAAAGAUGACUUUCCUGUAAAUCUGCAUCUAAAAGUCCCAGUUUAAAAAUCCGUUUCAGAGAGUACUCUGUUUUCAAAGAGGAAUAGUGAAAGUAGUAGAAACCUUCACUAGACACCCAGUAAGUUUAAAAACAAAACAAAACCCAAACUGUUGUGAAUGACCCAUUUGCUAAUUAAACCCCUCUCUGGUAGCACCCUGACAUUCUCCUUCAUAUAAGGACCCCUUCGCUGCACCUUAUUCCCUCCCACUUGUGUUGAGUUUAUGCCUGUGAACCAGCUAGAUACCUAUUCCUUGGCAAAAAACAAAUAUUGACUACUUCACAAUCCUAUAUUGGGUUAUCGCCCCAUUCUCCAGAAAGCGGCACCAAAUUCAUUGUGGUCCGUGCGUAUACGUGCUAAAAUUAUGAAAACAGAGUGUUUGUUAAGAAACAGAUUGGUAGUGGGAGAGGGAGGAGGAGCAGAAUGAAGUGAAAUUAAAUAUGAUAAGGAGUGCUGAUCUGGGUGCAUCCUAACUUUCUUUUCAUUGUAGCCAAGCAGGGAGUCAGUUCAGCCGUGCAGGAAGUGUGCCACACAAAAAGAGGCCCCCCAAAAUGUCCAGCAAGGUAAGAAGCCUUUGUAAGGGAGACACAUGUUGUAAUCUGAGCUGUGAUUGCUCAUGUGCAUGAGGCACGUUUGUGUUAUUGAAGCUGGUUCUGGCACUUGAAAGGAGACACAGCUGCUGAUUCUGUAGGCUGGGUUUGGGGCUCUUGAUUGUGCAGCACCUCACCAUCAUGGUGUGCAGAUGGAAUCGAAUGGUUGCCUUUGAGUCCCACAAACCAAGGUGUGUUUGCUGAGGCUGCUUGUUAAGGUGUUGGGUGAACGUUAGCACAUACAAAUUGAAAACGCUUGCACGGUGAUAUUUAUGGUCUCCGUGGGCUGAGAACUAUUUUUGUAUACAUGAUGCAUUCCUUGAUCUGAUUUUUUUCCUGGUGUCUGAGCUGACUCUUGCAUUCCUGCUUCAUCCAGCAACCUUCCCUUGUGAAUAAUUUGCGUUCUGUUUCCUCUUCAAAAAGUCUGCAUUUUCAUUGCAUUUCAUAAUUCCUUCACCAACUCAGGGUUCUCCUUUAUUUCCUUUAUUUAGUAGCCUUCUGAAAUGUGGUACCAAAGCCUCCUCAGACAUCUUGGCUCUUUCUUGGGGAGGGUGGGUGAACAGUUACCUGAGGGUCAGUGAGGAAGGGGCACAUUACAGCCUGCUAUCCCCAAAAGAACGACACAGAAAGAUCAGAAUAGGAAUACAGGGAUAACUUUCUGAUGAAAUUUCUGGUGGUUCUCUUUCCCUCCCCUUUGUCUUGUGCAGUCCCCUUCUGUGGUCACGGACCAAGCGUGCAUCAGCCAACGUUUCCUUCAAGGCACCAUCAUUGCCCUGGUGAUCAUCAUGGCAUUCAGGUUGGUGUCUGCACACCUGGGCUGUUUCACACUCAGCAGAUGAGUGGUGCACAGAACUGAGAAUUUGAACCAGGAAGAGGGCCUUCUUGGUAGUGGUGCCCGCCCUGUGGAAUGCCCUCCCACCAGAUGUCAAGGCAGUGAACAACUAUCUGACUUUUAGAAGACAUCUGAAGGCAGCCUUGUUUAGGGAAGUUUUUAAUGUUUGAUGUUUUGUUGUGUUUUUAAUAUCCUGUUGGAAGCUGCCCAGAGUGGCUGGGGAGGCCCAGCCGGAUGAGUGGGGUAUAAGUAACAAAUUAUUAUUAUUAUUGUUGUUGUUAUUAUUGGGGGGGGGGCUUCUGGCCUGUGAGUGAAUGCUUAUCUGGUUAUGCUUAUCUAGGGGUGGGCCAGUUUCAUCCCAAAUGAAGGUGAAGCGAUGAGUGCUUUCUUCUUAGCACUGUGCUCUUGUCUCUUGAUUGUUGCCAUAGAAUCACAGUGAAAUGUACCUCAGUCAUAAAAUCCACCUAUUUUAGGUUGCAUGUGACAAAAGUGUGGAUAUAAUUUUCAUGAACAUGGCUGAGCCUGUCCAGUGUAUUGCUGGUUGCUACAACUGCACUGAUGGCAACUGCAGUUAUUGUCCUGAAAUCAGAAGAAAAUUAAGUGAAUCACUUUGCAGUAAAGUUGAAGAGCCUGGACUUUUAAAAUUUAUUUUCCCUCCCUCCUCCCACCUUUUUAGGGGGUGAGGUUUGCCACCACAUUUUUCAAAAUAAUCGCAGCAAUAAGGAGAACUAGAAGCCUGUUUUUGUUUUGUUUUUAAGACUAGAAAGCGGCUUUGUUGGAAAUUUGGAGUUCUGGUGUCUCCUCUUUUAGUUGGCAAAUCCUGUAUGUUAGAUAGGCAGCCAUGGGAUGUCAUGCAGAAACUGAUCUGAUGUGUUUCCUGGUAUUGUUUGUUUUGUUUUGUUUUGUUUUUUACUAUGGAUUCCUGGCUACCAGAGUCCACUUGUAAUAAAUAUGAUUUCAAAUCAAAUUGCACUUCUGGGUGGUUGUUCUAAGGCAAGUGCCCUUUCUAACCAUAUUUUACUUUCAAACUGACUUGGCGAGGUAUGCCACUGAGUAUAUGUACUCUUUGAUGUCCUGUGGAGUAAAGAUUUCCCUGGACUUGAGUUAAUCAUACACACAAAGGCUGACCUGUUUGGAGACAACUUCCUUUUCCUCCCUGAAAUAUUGAAAGUUUAUGUUUCCAAAGGCUCCGUUUCUCUUCUCUUCUCUUUCGCAGCGUGAUAUCCAUGUCUACCCUCUAUGUGCUGAGCUACCGCAAUGAGGAAGACGUUGUGGAUAUAGAAGGGUAUGUAGCUCCUUUUCCUGCCCCCAUUCCUCCUUUGGUCACUUGCUUCCUCAGAAGGGAAUGCAUCUUCCUUUCGAAAUCCUAAGUAGGAAAGUGCACAAUCAUGAAAGAAACCUUCAAACCAGAAGAGCGCUAGAAGAUCAGAUAUGGAAAAGAGUGUAAGAAGGUGUUGAGAAGACCAGAUAUGUUAUCUAGAGGGGGGAGGGUGUCUUAAAGAAUCUCUAAUACAGCUGGGGUUUGGGGCUGUCAGCUUGGUAAAGAAAAGGAGCACCUUAUAAUAAACACUGCCCAGGAGAUGAGUGAAACGGAAUACAUCAAAGCUGUUUCUUGGAAAUAUAGUCCCUGAGGAAAUUUUUUAUUUAUUGUGAUUUAUGGAUGUGGCCCCGAGGGAAUUGAUUUAUUUAUUGUCCCUAAGGGAAAUCUCUUUAUUUAGGACUGGUUUCAGCUACCCCAUUCUACUAACAGAAGCCAGGGCAAGGACCCCCCAGCAGUGCAAUGAGACUUUCCCCUGCUUGCACUCCCCCAUGCCCCUCAAGAUCCACUUGGGAGGGUGGGGAGAACCCCCAAUGAGUUUUCUGGCUGAGUGGACAUUUGAACCCUGGUCUCCCAGGUCCUAGUCGGACACUCUAUCCACUAAAUGGCACUGGCUCUCCCAUAACCACAACUUACUGGCAUGAAUUGAGGGAUUCCCAGGAAGUCAGAUUCUAUGCCAGAUCUGCAUGGUGAAUACACAGAAAUACAGAACUAUAUAGAGAUGCAUGACUCCAAAUAUGUGUUGGCUAAUUUACAGUAACUGAAGGUCAGAGUCUUGGGGUGGGAUUCACCAGUGAGUCCCAUCAGCACAAGCCUUAUGUGAGGGUGUCUGCUUGCACAACAAGGUUGGCUGGACCCCCAAAACUGGGUCUGGGGGGAUUGGGAGAACCCCCAGAACAGUGCUAAAGGAAGAGAAGGGGAUUGUUCUGUCCGACAAGCUGCAGUGAUUGCGAUGACUGGACAUUCACCAUAGUAUGGCAUUGAAUUCGGCCCAUAGGGAAUAAGCAUUCCAAGCUUCUUUGUCUGUGCGUACCCAGAAGUUUUAGAUGGUUCACACCACUGUAGGGAUACUUAUUCCUAAAUAAUUGAUUGAUCUUUCUCUUUCCCUUUUCUACUUGUUUUCCUUUCUUUCCAUUUAUUUCUCUCCCCACCUCUUUUCUCUGCCCACCCUUCCUCCUCAUCCAAAUCACCCCUCCUUGUGACUUUUGUUGUCUGUGCCUUUCAUCCCUCCCCCCUUUGUUUUCCUGUUGCCUUGCAGUUCUUUUGCUGUGCCGACCACUUGCCUCCUGGCUCUCUUUCGGCACAGGGGUCCUGGCAUCCCAGUUGCCCUGUGUCCACGGUAUGGUCCUUCUUUUUCUGUAUUACUGUUGAUGUAAAUGCUGCAUCCUUUCUGAUGAUGACUUGUGUUUCCAUGCCACCCACUCUUCAUCUUCUGUGUUUUUCUUUUUCUUUUUAAAGCUGCCUAUAUUUUAGUACUCCUCCUCCUAAACAGAGCAGGGAGACAGACAGAGAGAGAGAGAGAGAGAGAAUGUAAGAGCUCAGCUGGAGCAAGUGGAAGACCUAUCUAGUCCAGCAUUUGGUUCUCACAGGGGCUAACCAGAUGCCUAACUAGAAGUGCCACAGGCAGGACCUGAGUGCAACAGCACUCCCACACUUGUGGUACCCAGCAACUGUCUCUGACACUGAAGGUAGCACAUAGCCACUGAUAUCCCCCACAAAUGUGUCUAAUCCCCCUUUAAAAGCAUGCAAGUUGGUGGCUGUCACUACAUCUUUUGGUAAUGGAUUUCAGAGUGUAGCUCUGGGCUGGGUGGAGAAGCCCUUUCUUCUACAUCUUCCAACAUUCCAUUUCCUUGGAUGACCCGAGGCUCUAGCAUUAUGCGAGAGGGAGAAAAAUGUUUCUCUAUCCACUUUUCCCACACCGUGCAUAAUUUCAUACACUUACUGUUAGGAUAUUUCCGUUCCACCUUAAAAGGGAGCAGGCUUUGUGAGUCAGAGUCUGCGUAUUUCCUGUUCACAGGAUGUUUAUGUUUGCUAUUGCUUUCAUUUUCUCUCUCUGUGUCGUAGACACUAAAGCAGGCAGUCAUGUUUUUCUGUGUUCUGAUCAACGCUGAAUAAACUUGUAAAUAAUGCUCUCCUGAGUGCAACUUUUUGGCUGUGCAUUAUCUGCUGAUAGUGUGCAUGAGCUCUGGAAUUUGGCAAGAUAUUUUCUAGAAACUCAUGUCGCUGCGUGCCUACGGGAGGUCGAUGGAUCGUCCGGCAGACGGCUUGGGGGCCUUGAUGGACUUUAUCUCCCUGGCAGUAUCACAACACUUACAUCCUCUUUGACUUGCCUUUUUUCUAAACCAGAAUGUCGCAGAUGUUGCGGCCUUUCCACACAGGGGAGUUACUCCUGUCCCUUCUUCAUUUCACUGUUUGAAUGAACAUUCUGGAGCCAAGCAGGGCAAUGAAAUUUAGGCUGAGAGGGAGCCACUUGGGUGGUGCAGUACCUAAGCUGGGAAUUAGGCAGCUGAAAGCACAAUCCUAACCAUGUUUCAUCAGAAGUAAGCCCCCUUUUCAAAUUUCAUUGGAAUUGAAUGGCAUUUCCCAACCCCACCCUCACCCUGGAAACAAUUUUGUUGUUGCUGCUGUUGCCCAAAACUCUCACAGCAUGAAGUCUACAUAGCAGCCAGCACUGCAGCAGAUAGCUAACCUGCCUCACCAGUGAGGGAAAAGAAAGGCCUAAGGCUUUCCUUCCUGUGCAUCAGCAUAGGGAACAAGUCCUCAGGUUGUGGAUGGAAGAAUGUCUGUACUUGCAGAAUGCAGUUUACAACUACAUAUAGAUACAGCUGUGGGGGGGGGGGAUGACAUCUAUAGGCACAUAAGGUGGCAAUAGUGCUUCUUCAAUUGAUAUGGACUAGAGAGAGAUCAGGGCCCUGGUCAGAAGCCAUUUGUCAGAUUCUGAACUUCUCUUUCCGUCUCACCUUUGGGCAUUUGCCAUCCCUGGAGUAGACUGUCGAGAUGGGAGGGUUGUAAUAGAUACCUGGCAGCAAUUUUAGGCUUUGCCUGAUCUGUUCACCCAUUGACACUUUGUCAAGGUGUCCUCCUUUUCCCAUCCUGCUUUCUGUCUUGCUUUCUCCUCCCUGUCCUCCUUUCUACAGCCUGUUUGCACCCUUCCGUUCCAAACCUUGAUGUUCAGCUGCCUCAUUAAUCCAUCUCUUUCUGUUAGCACACAUACCAUUUUUUCAAUAUAUAUGUAAAGACUUCAAGUGACAUCCCCCCCCCCUUGCAUUCUAGGUCCAGUCAGAACAUUGAUAAGAAUCAGAUUAUGUUUUCUACUGCUGCCUCAUCAAACACACCUGAUGAUGCUUCCCUUAAACAGCAUGGUAGGUACCAGUUGUGGCUGUCUCUGCGAAAAUGUCUCCCAGGCUAAGCCAGUCAGAUGUUCAGCUGGAAAGUCAGGCAUGGGGAACGUGGCUGGUCCCUCUUGUGUGUUCACAUGAUGGGCAGGUUGAUCUACCAUUUCACCCAAGAAGCAGCUGUCCCCCUACUGCAGUAAGCUUCAUUUUUAAAGAAAAUCAGCACUACACAUCAUGGGCAGCUUCUGCUCACUAUUAAUGGCGAGGGCCAAUGUAAUACAUGCCAUCUGCUAAUGGACAAACUCAGUCCAUGUGCAUGCAGAAGGCCUAUAUUGAAAUAAAUAAAGUGGUUGCAUGAACCAGGCCUUACAAUGCAGGAGGUUAUUGUGUGUUGCUCUGUCUCUUUGUCAUUUUACUCUGACCUACAUAGAACUGGUGCUGGUAUUUUUUCAUUAUUAUUAUUAUUAUUCCUACAGCCACAACACAUGUGCCUGAAUCGCUCUAUGACUUGCCUGCCCAUAGCAUAUUAGUCUGUUUCGACCCGCCUUGUUUCUCCAUGUGCUGUUCUCCUUUUCUGAACACCAUUCCAAACAACAUAUCUUCUGAUGCAGCUUCUGAGACUACCACCCCAGCCACCAACAACCGGACAGGUAAACGCUGUUCUGUCUUGAAGACACAAUUCAGCUUAGCAAUAAGGCAUUUCCGCUCGCCUGACAGAAUGCUGUCCCCUUUCCUCCCCCUGUGUGCUUCCACAUGAAAGGUUUAACUAACUCCUAUACCUUUAUCUGAUUUGCAUUGGAUUGUUUCCAGAAGUUUGCACUUCCUGAACAUAUAAGGUACAAUGAUAACUUAAUGUUGGGAGGGUAGGUAUAAGUUUGGUGUAUGGAGAAAAAGUAGUGAGGAUUCUUGCCCUCACAUCAAUUUCAAAGCGCAAACCAUAAUUCUUUUCUCAUUGUUCUACCUUCACAGAUCAAAGCCUCAUGUCACUGCUGCCAGUGACCAACAUCAAAGCUAAAUCGAGGGGAAUCACUGGCAAGGUGACUUCCCAUACAAAGUGGCCAAAGACCUCUGAGAGAUCACGGGGCUUCAGCAGCCCCAAUGCCAGCCCAUCCUCCCCCUUCACCCACAUCCAAGGCAAGUCCAAAUACAUCGCCAACCUCCCAACACGCAACAGCUUCUCCCCUGGGCAGACACGGCAGCGGCGCAGCACCAUCAGCCAAUCAGACUCCGAGGAGCCCAGCACAGGAAGCACCAGCCAGGAGGGUAAGCAUCCCCUCUUUUCCUUGUGACUGUUUGCUGUAUAUUUAGACCUUGACACAGGAUCUGAGCACAGCAGCACACUGUGCACCUGCAGUUUCCAGCAACUGGGAUACUGCCUCUGACCAUGGAGGCAGAGCAUAACUAGCGUGGCUAGUAGACAUCAAUAGCCCUGUCCUCCAUGAAUUUGUCUAAUUCUCUUUUAAAGCCAAGCAGGUUGGUGGCCAUCUUUGCCUCCACUUCAUGACCUUAGAAAUCCCUUCCAGCAUUGUUCCCUAGCCUGGUGCCUUCCAUAGGUUCUUGGACUCCCAGUUCUCAGGAACCCCAGCAGCUGGUCAGGGAUGGUGGGAGUUGUAGCCCAGCAACAUCUGGAGGGCACCAGAUGGACAAGGCUGUAUUAUAUAGCCUUAGGAGCUCUGAUGGUUCUCCGAACACCCAUGACUUGGCUUUGCCUGCCAUGUAGAAUAACUUUCUUCCCUGUAUGGAUGCUUUCCCCCUUGCAGGAAAAGCUCCUGUUCUCCAGUCCAUUUCACUUGUAGAGAGCAACGUGGUCAUCACGCCUCAGGCCUGUGCUGCUGGUGAUGAAUGCAGGUGGGUGAAGUGCUGUCCUGCCAUAACCUUUGUUAGGCCAAGUUCUCAGGAGACUGGGCUUCUCCUAGGGGGGAAAUGCAGGCAGCUGAUAAAUGAACAAGUCAGGAUUUCCCCAUGCAUUAUCUUUAUUGUCACGCCAAGACCACUUGCGUAAGCUGGUUUUGUGUUAAUAAUCCACAUCAUUAUUGGAUGUGGAUUCAUGUAAAGGAACAGCGGGGAAGUUUGGACACAGGCAGAAGGCCACGUUGAGGUGGAAUGCUUCUGACCGGAAUCCUCAAGUUGCUGUGAGAGAGAGAGACUGUGGAUUUACUGGGAAGAUAUGAUCUUGCUGGUAGUGCGCCUGCUUUUCAUACAAAUGGUCCCAGGUUCAAAUCUCUGGUGUUUCUAAUUAAAGGUGUCUCUGUUAGCAGGGCUAGGAAGAAACUCUGCCUAAAACCUUUAAAGUGGGCGUGGGGGAACUUUCUCAGCCGCAGGGCCACUUUCUCUUCUGAGCACACUUUUGCCAGAGGCAAAAGCAUGUGGAACAACUAUUGUAAAUGUUACCUUUCUACAGUAAGCUGGUUUCUACACACACCCACCCCUCAUCCCCCUCUGUCCUCCCUCCAGGCAACUAAUAAAUUUUAUCAGAGUUCAAGAACACAAUCCAGGCAGGCGUGAACACUCACUGAGGGUGCAGAGUUGCACUGUUGAGGGGCAUGAACAAGGGAGAAAGGGAUGUGGCAUGGGGAGAGUCACAGGGGCCAGAUAGAAUGGCUUGUGGCCCCCAGGUCAGAGGUUCUCCACUCCUGCUUUAGAGAGUCCCUGCCCUCUCAAGAGCAAGCAAUACUGGACAAUGCUGGAUGGUACAAUGGCCUUCCACAGCCUAAGGCUGUUCUCCCAGCUGGGGUCCAGCAUGAUAUAACUCCCCAGGGAUUGCAUUGGAUUAUGAGCUGGAGGAGUCGGCGUGGCCUGGUUCCAAUGGGGAGGGAUACAGCUACCACAUCUAGAGGCGGCUGCUACAUGUUAUGCUGUCGUUUUCUGUCUCUGCAUAUAGGACGGGGAACAUCACAUACCGCAUCCCCAUCAGCAAGUUUACUUCGGUGAACACAAAUCUUACUCUGGAGAUGAAGUGAGUAAGAAUUCCAGGGAAGACAAGGGGCUCUGGGGAGGGGUGCAGCCUCAAGUGACAUUGCAACGGUCAGCAGCCAGCUGAAUAUCAGGUGGGAGUUGUGAGCAAGAAGGACUCCAUCAUGGUCUCCGAACUGUAGGUGGAGAAAGCAGAAGAACCCACAAGCAAGGAACUUCUGUCUGCUGUGUGUUCAUCUGUCUCUUUCUUUUCACGUCUUUCACGGCCCUGAACCAUGGUGAAGACAGAGGCAGGACAAAGGAGAAGGGCUUUAGCUCAGUGGCAGAGGGAUAUGCACAUUGUUCCGCCUUUUGGUUGUUUUGAGGUGCUUGCACUAUAGGGUAACAACAAUGAGAUUUUAAAAAAGAAAAGUAAAACUGGUACCACCGUGGUAUGAAAUUUUAGGAGGAAAUUACGGGGCAUGUACCUAUUGUAAAUGAAGCAGUAUGACCGCCGCAAUUUUUUUGCAGGCGCAAAUGGUAUUUUAGGUGCAAUCAUGUAUAACCACUCCAAUAGCACAAUGAGCAUGAAUUAUGAUGAAUGCUCAAUUAAAAAGGGUGUCUUUAAAGGUGCUGCAGGUGAGAGUACCAAAGUAUGACAAUGUCGCGUAUCAAAACUGCUUACCUUGUUGCCUCCACUAAACAUCCUCCUCUGCCCUUUCCUCUCUCUCCCAGCGCCUCCUCUGCUGUGUCUGGCUAUUUUUGUGGUUUUGCCUCCAGCAACCCAUGUCAGCACAACACUGUGAACGCGGACAGCUUCUCUGAUGCAGCAGGCACCCAGGUAGGACCACAAAGUAUCAUGGCUGGCAGGUGCUUGCCAGUUGCACCCCUAAGUUGCUGCUUGUAAUAGAAAAGGAAACUGGUGUAUUUAGUUUCUGCACACUGUUGGGUGAAUGCCCUUUGGAUCCUCUUUAAGGCCGCAAUCCUCUACUCACUGAACUGUGAGUAAGGCCCACUGAAUUUCUGUAUGUAUAGUAUUGUGCUGUAAAGGAGAGAGGUAGAAAGAGGCACACCUGUCAAGGUUGUAUGUGAAGGCUUUCCUGGGAGAUAAAAAUGCAUAAACAUACAUAAGUAAACCAUCUUCAUAACAGGUCAUCAUUGGCUUGUUCAGCUAUUUAGUGCUUGGCAUAUGGUCUACAUUUUUAACCACAUGUUUUUUCAGAAUAACUGUUGUCUCUUAUUUCAGAGCAAAUCUGGGGCAAACGGCAUUUGACCUUAACUGCAUGUUUCUGUCAUGCCCUUGAGUGCAGGUCUUCACCUCCACCCAAUUGCUGGCAUGGGGAGCAAAGAACUGAAAUAGCCCUACCACUAUGUAGAACCCUGAUAUAAUAAUAAUAAUAAUAAUAAUAAUAAUAAUAAUAAUAAUAUAUUUAUACCCCACCCAUUGGGUGGCACUGUGGGAUAAACCACAGAGCCUAGGACUUGCCGAUCAGAAGGUCGGCGGUUUGAAUCCCCGCGACGGGGUGAGCUCCCGUUGCUCAGUCCCUGCUCCUGCCAACCUAGCAGUUUGAAAGCAUGUCAAAGUGCAGGUAGAUAAAUAGGUACCACUCCGGCAGGAAGGUAAACGGCAUUUCCGUGUGCUGCUCUGGUUCGCCAGAAGCGGCUUAGUCAUGCUGGCCACAUGACCCGGAAGUUGUACACCAGCUCACUCGGCCAAUAAAGCGAGAUGAGCGCCACAACCCCAGAGUCAGUCACGACUGGACCUGAUGAUCAGGGGUCCCUUUACCUUUACCCCACCCAUCUGGCUGAGUUUCCCAGAUUACCACCAUUCUUUGUAGAAAAAAGCCCACACAAGGGCAGAACUACACAGUUAAGGUCAUAUGUAGUUUGACCUUCACGGUUCAGUAAGCUGCAUUUUCCAGUUCAGCAAGAUCUUAAUUCUGUGUAUCCCCAUCCCAUAUUCUCUGCCCACUCAAACCGUGGCUACAAGAGAGGCACAGCACCUGGCAGUGGUAGGUGGAGUACUGCAUCUUGCUGCCUGUUUCUCUCACAUCAAUUUUCCACUACAAAGAGGGAACAGAGAGCAAGGUGCAUUAGCUCUCUCUCUAGCACAGGCAAGAGAAAGAGGUCGUUUUAAUCCAGGUAUGGUUUCUUUUGCUUCUUCCGUAGGGAGUAACAUACCAUUGGCCUGUGGUGAUGAUGCCGUUCCAGGAGUUCACCUAUCACUUCCGAUUUGCUAAACCUGUGAGUAUAAGUACCUGCAAUAUCCUCUCCCAACGUAACAGCCUUUAGAUUCAUCCUUUAGAGCUGGGGGGGGGGGUAAUAUCAAAAGAUGACCGAGUCAGAAAAUUUUGUCAAACUCUCCUUACCCAAAUAUCUGAGUGUUUGCACCCAGACACAGGGCCUUGGAGAUGCCUCUUGUUGUUGUUGGCUAACCUUUGUUCUUCUGUGACAGUUUCCAUUUCCCUUGAACCUUCUUUUUCUUCCUCCCACCCUCAUCACAGGGCCAAGCAAACUGCAGUACUGCUGUGGAGCAGAUGGGCUCUCUCUUCACUGACUAUUACUUCCAAUUCUACUGGCUGUGUGAGUGA